UCCGAUGAGGCUCUGAUUGAAACAGAUUGAAACGCUCCGCGGGUCGCAAUGGCAACUAUCCGAACUGGACGGCAACGGCAACUUUUUUCGUGUUUGUAAUGUCAUGGAGUCGUUGUAAGCUGGUUGAAAAACUACUUUCUGAUGUGAUAAACAACAGGUUUACAAUUUCUUCCGUCCGAAAAUGUCCCAGGGAUGUACAGUUUCUGUGGAAGAGAUCCAGUCUUGGUGGGAAGUCCCCGCCAUAGCCCACUUCUGCUCGCUGUUCAGGACAGCGUUCAACCUACCCGACUUUGAAAUAGAGGUAAAUAACAGUUACCAUCGCUUAAAGUUACAGCAGUGUCUUUGACCGUGGAAAUGAAAAGUUGUUUGUGUCAGCUUUUUUGUCUACGUUGUUUGUUGAACGCAUUACGAACUAAUUGCCAGGUUUACCUAGCGAGUGUUUCGGUGUAAGCGGUGACCCUUUUAACUGGCGACUUUCAGACGAAUGCGUUAGCCGUUGUUGUAACCACAACAGCCGUUGAAACAUAGAAGAAGCCAUCGAGAUAACCUUUUAGUUUAUUAUUUCAUUACGAUAUAGAUAAAAAACAAUCAGUUAAGUCGUACAUGAAACGAUAAAUAAAUUGUUAAACGCGAUCAUGUUUUCGGUGAGCCGUUGCAACUAGGACAACCACAGCGCUGAAAGUCCCCAGAUAACCGGGUCACACUUUUAAGUGAAACACCGGCUUAGUUCUCUUCUAUGAACUUCUCCUUCGAUAACGUUACUAAAGCAAUCCUGUUAGGUAACCCCAGCCAGCUUGUUUGCACGGCUAAGUGCUAGCUCUGACUGUGUAUUGCGAGUCUCUAAAGUUGUACAAUGGCAAGAACAACAUUAUGAUUGAAUUUCACCCCGGUAAUACUCCGUUGUGCUCUGUUUCUUCGGACGUUUGUUUGACCUGUGUGUAACUUUACCAGAGGAGCCCCUGUUACGGGACCAUGUGCCUCUGUCGUUUGUUUUCAUUUUGAAACGGUCUCAUAUUUACUAAAAUCCAAACAACUAUAUUAUUUCUGCUUGAGGUGAUUUGUUUAUACAGGAAAAACGACAUUAAACACGCGGGAACAAAAAGCAACAACCGAUUCAUUAUGAGACAAAUAGAAAAUAACAGGGAUUUAACUUAAAGCACGUGUUCAGAGGAAGCUAAAUACCUCCAGCCUUGUGUUUAUAUUGACCAGUGACCUUUAGUUCAGGUCAGUUAAACAAAAAUACUCCGGGUAACAGUGAAUGGAUGUUUCCAAACUCACGGGUGGCUAAGUUUUGUCCUUUUUAAUGCAUUGUAAAGGUAUUUAUUAGAGUAUUUAGAGAGGUAAAAGGUGUGAAAAGUCGUGCAGUUUUCCAAUGAUGUUUUGCUGUAGACUGAGUGAAGUGAGCUACAGUGUCUUGUUUUCUAUCUCUGUCAUAUGAAGUUAAGUUCAGUGUGUGAGGUUCGAGUUUAUUGUCUUGCAGCCAUCUGGCUUGGGUAGCCACAGGGACGCAGAUGCUCUUCGGGCAUUGUUUGCUCCCCAAGUCGUGUUUUGUUGUAAGAAUCGAUGUUUUUCAGCGCGUUUUCCGAUAUCACACAAGCCACAGAGUUAAAACGAUCAACAUGCUUUGUAUUUUAUCCCAGAGACAACGAAAUUCACGACACUACGAUGACAUAAUUCAACUUUACUACUCGCUUUGAACCCCCUUUUUCUUUAAAAAUGAGUGCGGUUUUCCUCCGAACCAGCUUCGAUCCGACAUGGAUCUGUUUCAGUGUUCAAUUAGAGUGAUCGGGGAUCAUUUGAUCCAUCGAGGAAGAAUUGGAGAAAUUGUUAAGGUCAACAUCACGCAUCAACAGUCCCCAUCACUCAUUCAUCCCCACCCCCUUCUGCAGGGAAACACACGCAGAGAGCGCUUUGUUAUUAAACGAGGUGCAGGCCAGAUGGGGGAUCGCAUUGCGCCUAGUUUACAUGAAAGUUGAGCGUCUUGUGUUGAUGAAUUUCUCACAAAUAUCGGCUUGAAUACAGCCGAUAUUAUAGAAUACAUAAUAGAAAUAGCUUUAGUUGAUGAUGAGUUACACUCUGGCUAAGAAUCAAUGGUUUCUGCUCGAUUUUUACCUCACAAAGGCUCCUGUAGUUUGUAUUUAUUUGCAUACUGAUCCCCUUUAGUUAUUGCUACAGUAACGUCUUUAUCUUCCUGCGCUUCUUAGAAAAAGACAAACCAUUCAAGCUCAAACAAUAGACAACAACAGAAUAAGAUAGGUAAUACAACAAGAGAAGGUCUGUUAUUUCACAGGAUCAAGCAAUAGUGGGAAUGUUCGUAGUGUUAACUGUUUGCUUUUUUAAUUAUUGCAUUUCUCAAUCUUUUUUAAAACUGAUCUGGGUAAAAUGUAGAGGUAAUUAAUUCCAGUUUAUUAUAAAACCUGACUUGAUAGUCCUCUUUAAAGCAGUGCAUAUAGGCGAUGUCAGACUUGUUUUCAAUCUUUUGUAAUGCGUGAGUUUAAACAUGGUUUUAGGUUGUUCAUGGGGGGCUUCUGUACUGCUAUCAUUACAGAUAUAAUAUAUUCAUCUUUAAACGGUUGACUAAGCGGAUCACAUGUUUGGAUACACCCCCUCAGCUGGAUUUCAAGGAAAUAUUGAGAUGGAUGUUGUAGUCUUACUCACUGACAUCUCAAUAAAACAUCAAUGUGGCCAAGGUCAUAACGCCGCUGCGUCUUUGGGCAAUUAUCUUUAACUGCUGUUACAUAAUAGCUCAAUGGUAAAUGGGAAAAGAGGUUCACUCACUGCUUUAGGCUUUUGAUUGAAAAAUGGUAGAAAGUAACAGGAGAGAUGCUCAUCGAAAGUGUCAGUGCUAAAACCACGAAGGAUUUGGGGACCAAUAUUAAUAAAUCUCAUUGUUACUCUGUCAGUCAUGUGCCCUUAAAUUAGUCCAUUUGGCUGUGCCUGAAAUAUAUAAUGUGUGUGUAGCAGUGUACAAGUUCAUCUUCCCACUGCAGCCCAGCACACACCCCUGAAUGAAAAUGAGCAUUGGUUAUUGGAUAACUGGAUUAUUGUUGAUAUAAAAAUGCAUGUGUGACGUUUCUGGAUCUUACUGUGUGACACAAAAAAACCCAAGACAGUGGGUCAUAAUAUAGUCGGCUGUAUGCUGUAAUGUUGUCCUGAAUCAUGCCAUGUAGUUCCUUUAUUGCUGGCAGCGUAUUGAGCUUUCAUAUAUGAUACAGAGCUGUGAACAAACUGACUUUCUCAUUGGAGUCAUUGCAUUGCUACUUCAAGUCUUCUUUCAUCAACACUCAUAAGAUUAAAGGUCCUUACACACUGGGGCUGACACGAAUGUAGAACGCAAAAUUACGAAAUAUUCGGGGGUAAAUUUUGACGGGCCUGACUAUACACAUGAAGUCCGAUGCGAUUUUGCGACUUUCUGGGGGGGGAAAAAGACGCAUUCCGGGGAAGACUUUUCCCAGGGAAAGUCCCGCCUCCUUCGCCUCUGAUUGGCUAGAAAAGCUGGAAACGUAAUCACAAGCUCAAGCCAAACGGUCAGCACUUAUAGCCAAUCAGAGGCAAUAAGCACGUGAAACUAUGGUAACAACCGUUAGCACAAAUGAAAGUUAGAACAAAGACGUUUAGCAAACUGUUAAAGCACACAAACCAUCAUCAUAUGAGAAAUCCGAUGCUAUGUUGUCCUUCAGGUCGUUAUCUUUGUAAUUUUUGUGUCUUUUAUCAAAAUGCACUCUGUUCUCAGAUACGUAAACAGUCAGCCGGUCAGCCAUGUUGGAUAUACCAGCGAAUCAGGCAUCGCAACAACACGCAAUCUGAGUGGUCAGAAGUGGACGCACAAUAUGUGAAACUUUAGAAAAAUCGACCAUGAUCCGAAGAAAUAAAUGCCGCAAUAUUGCAGGACAGGAAAACUUCGCUGAUGUGAACGCUUGUAUUGACAGGAUACAGAUUUGAGAAAAAACAUUGACGUCCUAAAUAAUCACGCGAUAAAAACGGUCCCGGUGUGUAAUGACCUUAACCCUCCACUUUAUCUUGUAGGGGCAAUUUGCAUGCUCAGGUUUUUCAGAUAUAAUGAUGUAUCAUGAAUUUGUGAGUUAUUUAUGAGUUAAGUUUUUAUCGAAUUGUGAGAGAAGUCAAACAAAAUCAACAAAAGAUUUUUUUUUUUUGGAGCCUCGCCAUGACAGCCCUUGACAAAGUUAUUGGCCUUCGUGUUUUGUGUCUGACAUCACCAGUCUGGUGUUGAUCUAUUCAGUAAUAAAUGAUUACUAACUUAAGCACUUACUGUCAGCCUGAACAAACAGUUUAUUUGUGAAUAUCUGAUUAAUGGCUUUCCGAUGUGUAAAAGAAGUAAGUGUGUUUUUCUUGCUUUGUUUACCUCCAUUUAUACUUGUGGUAGUUUAUUCCUGGAUUGAACAGAGCCAAGUGGCUUUCUUAGAUUGUACUGUACAAAUCCAGCUCCUCUAAUGCUGUUAUAAAUAAUUUCCUAGGCAAGGCAAAGACUAAAUCUACUUAAGUAGCGGUUUUUAUAGAGAGACUUUUACUCCUUUGGUAGCUGCAGGAGGCUUAGUCGCAUUAAAGUGCAUCAUGACCAGAUAUCUGUCAUGCAAAUGCUUUUCCAAACAUAAAAUUCUAGUUAUUACUUUGUUUGUAGUUGUGAAGCAUGUAGGGUAGUACAAUAUUAUGCAGAAUUUUGGUCUUUUUUGGGUUUGUUUUUCUCAUUUUUCAAUAAGAGGCCCAUCAGAGCUUACCCCUAUGCAAAAUAAGUUUGCAUGCUCAAUUUUGCUGCCGUAUGCAUCUCUUACAUUUCUUGCAUAAACCAGGAUUGUGGACUGACUGAUGUGUUGGUCAAGAAAUAAUGUGAUUCUAUUCUACCUAUCAAUACUUGCAGUUCUUCACUAUUUUUCCAGGUCUUGUGGCUCUUUGGCUUUUAUAAAGUUCAGCACCCUUAGAGAAUAACUUCAUUUCAUUGAUACCAAAUAGUUUGUGUCUGAAGCUGAACAUUUGGAUCCAGCAUGUUUACUUCCUGGUGACUUCAGUAGAAAUAAAAGGAAACAGACAGACUAGUUUGUUUUGUUUACUGCCACAUACCAGCAACAAGACAAGCUGGCCUGGGCACUGUCAGGAGUUGAACACUGCUAUCUUCCUUCGCCUUCAUCCUGACUUGUAUGAUAAGGUUGUUGUUGAAAAGUUCUGAGCCAUUUUUCUUGUAAAUGCCAAAGAAUAUUAAUUGAGAUUCUUUCUAGUUGAAAAAGUUUUUUCUUUUUUUUUUUCUCCUCUGAGGGAUGCUUCUGGCUGUGCUUGUGUAAGGACGGUUGGGUAAUAUCACUCAGCCCCAGUUGCAAUCCUAUCUCUGCGAGCAUAGGCUAGGUUACUCAAGAAUCGGGGUAGAAAGGAGGGCAGGAAGUGGCUGUCAUUUGUCAUGACAGAGCGGGGGCCCACAAGUGUUUUCACUCUGUCCCAGGUUUUAGUGUCAACAUUUGCUGACACACCGCUCGUUCUUUCUUGUAGUUUCAGAGUCUACUAUCUUUAUUCUUGACCACUGAAUUAAAGACAGCAGGGUCAAAAAAGGUGACUACAGUUUUUUUGACGUCACCUGUUGAUACGAAUGUUCAUGUGUGCAGGACUUGGUAGGUUGAAACCGUUGAUGAAGCGUCUACUGUUACAGCUUCACCUGCUCUUUUGACUUCACAAGGACGCUUCUGUAAUAAACACCACACUGAGGCCGUCAUGUUUCAUAGCCCCGGAAACUGCUACCAGAGUGCAUAUUGUCAAUCCCAGAGGUCCAGUCAGUCUGUACCACUGCGGUUCUGUUGCAGCAGAUCUUUUCUCUUCAUGGUGCUGGUCAGUGAUAAUGUGAGCUCCCCUCAGUCUCUUUGGCUGGCCUCACAAACAGCCCCCUGCACAUUGUUCCUCGGCUGAUUCACUUCACUGUCCCUGGUUUCCACGUUUCUCUGGCUGUGUGUGAGAGUCGUACGGGUGAGAUAAAGAGGAAGGAAGAAAGGCAGAAGAAGGGGUACGAGGGGUAAAGGAGAGAAGGGGUCUAGUAGCAGCCCUAAAGUGUGAAAGAGUGAGGUGGAAAAGCAGCCUUAGGGUCAGCACGCCUGUCCUCUCCGCCCGGCUUCUUGUCUCGUUCGUGUAUGCUUGAUUUCUUGGCUAUGUAUCUGUGAAAUGAUGCUUGAAAUCCCAAAGCCAACAUGUGCUGCGGGCCUCUGUCGCUGCAUCCUCAGACACAGACCUUCAUGCCAAAGACCUCUGUCCCUGUCAUCUUCACUCUCCAUGCUCCGUUGGCAGCCUGGUUUGGCAAACUGUCACCUUUUUUUCCUCAUACGUCUUCAUCAGCCGCCUGUCAACAUCCCUGUUUUGACUUCAGUUGGCUUUGAAGAUUUUCCUCAGUUAUCUGGUGAUCUGCGUGAAGGGCAUGUGACCGGUCUAGGCUUUUGCACUGAAUGUGAACAUUUAUAUUUUCUUAAAUUUCCAAAGCAGCAUUGAUGUUAGAGCUCCCUUAUGUAGAGUUUGUUGCAAACGUAACGCUAAGUUAAAUUAAUAGGUCAAUUUGAGACAUCAAGACAGAGAAAAUCAGAAAUUACACCGUGGUGGGUCAGCAGAGUCUUCUUAAAAUCAAGAAAAAUGGCAUGAAAACUACACAAGACAACUCUCUACUAGUUGACUUUCUUCUUCUAUGGAUGACUUAUAUUUGUUCUGGCUGUAGAAGUAGUAGAAAAAGUUUUACUUUAGCACAGGCAUCUGGUUGUCAGCUGUCUUCCACUUUGAUUAAAACAUCUCUGCCAAGAAAUCGAAGCAUUUAUUGCAUGGAGUCCUUGUGAUCUCAGAUUUAACAGGAAGUUUUCAUCAGGGUCAGAAGUUACUAAAAACCACCAAAUCUUCUGGAUAGAUCGGCACAGUUUGGUAAAGACACACAUGGUUUUUAGGAUGUUUCCUCCUACUUGUAGUUAUCUUUACAUCUGUUACCAUAAAAUAGGAAAGAAGGAGGUUAAAAAGAAAAUCCCCAAUACCUUCAGAGUAUACAUAAGGGCUAAUGUUGUCCAUUCACAGUCAUAUUUUACAUGUCAGUCACUGUAUGGGAGUUGACAGCAGUGGAUUUCAGCUAGCAUGAUCAGACAGGAGAGUCAGACACCUCGGUAAGAAAAGAGCUUUUCCCUCAUCGGCCAGAUUGAGUGAAGACGUCAUUUCUGCAACAUUAGUUCAGUCAGUUUGGAUGUUACUCUCGACUAUGUAAGAUUAACUAUUUUAUAUUACUAUGCAGCAACCAAACAACGUAACAACUUUGGUUACAAAAUAACUGUUUACAGCACACAGCUUUAGAUGGACUUUACACCCUAACUUAAGAAACAGCUCAGACAGAACUAGUGCAACAUGCCACAGGUGUGCCAACUCUUAGGAAGGUUGAUUCAAGUUACACGAUCAAGAGUUACUUUUUUGCUGUAGUUUAUUUCGUCAAAUACGACAAUAUUAGAGGACUGUCUGAAUGCUAAAGUGGUGAGCUGUUGGGAUUAAAUCUGCCUGUCUUUUAAAACAGGUCUGGUUUCAGUCAUGAACUAGCAGAACACGAAAAGAGGCCUGACUGCACCCCUUAGUGAGAAAAAUGAGUUGCUGUAGAGUUGUGCAACUGCUUCCAGUUUUUGCUUGCUAUCACUCUCUCUCUCUCUGGCCUCAUUUUUUUUGUAAACAUGUACGGCAACACUGAAGUCAUGCCGACACAAGUCUGGGAAGGUACAAUUCAUAAUUAAGUGUUCAAGUCAAUUAAACUUGAUUUGAAAUGUUUUCAUUGACAGGUCCUCAGCACAGAGUCCUUAAUUGACUGAUCCAGAGCAGGUGAUAUUGUGGAUAAAUAACACAGAAGGGUUAAGUUGUUGAAUUACGUAUAAGUACCUCAAAGUCUAUUUAGUUUUUGUUCAGCUUAAGUUUGAUUUCCAUUACGCUGCUUUCUGUCGGUUAUGCCUAAAAGUCAUAACAUGUUGUGCAUCAAUACAAAAGCAAUCAUCUCACUAUUACAGCUCUGCCUUGGUGUCACCACCUCACCUGAACUAAAGAAGGCAUGUCAGGAUGGUUAAACCUGUCUGACACGAGUCACUUGUUGUGUACUCCCUGUCUGAAAGUGUAAAUCAGGAUACCUUACUUCAUGUGCAUAUCUGGGGUUCAUAUCAGAAACAAGCUUUUCUCUGGUCCUUGUAAGUAACGUUCAUGGCCUCCUUAGUAUCUUUUUCUAACGAGAGUGGUUGUAUUUACAGUGCAUGACACAAGUACAAGUGCAGUUUUAAAGGUUGUGACAAACAAAGGACAUGUUAGUGUAGAUGGGAUUGUGUAUUUUUAGCCCUCAUGUGUAGUUUCCCUUUGUCUUUUGGCCUUACUUUCAUUUGCACUAAGUUCUGCGUCUGUGUCUUCUCCUCAUACACUCUUUGAGGUCUGUUUUUUCAGUACUGGAAAACUGUGAUGAUAGCUUUACAGUAUAGUGAGCCCCAAAGUCCGACUGUGAGUGAUUUGAGUGGGUCACUGGGGGGUGUAACCGGUCCUCAAUAAAAAUGUUUGUUUUUAUGAACAGUACUGUAAAAACAUCUGUUAUUUAACUUGGAUAUAUUUUGCUCAAACUGAUGAAAUAAAAAAGUAUUGUAUUCUCUAGUAGCAGUAAAUUUUAACUUUCGUCUACUAUGGGGUCUUAAACAUGUUACGUUUUACUUCCUACUUGAGAACUCACUGGUAAUGGAAAAUACGCAGAUAUCUGAAUAAUAGCACGCCCGAAUACACGUUCCAUUUCCAAGUUAUGAAUGUAGAUUUGGAAUUCCAAAGAAACUGUAUGCUUAUGUAGGGGAAAGCACCUAAAAAUAGUUGUAUUUAGAGCCAACACUAAUUUGAUUAUUCUUUAAGUGUUAACAGCACUCUGACACCAAAAUGUCUCAUGUUGAAGAUGAAUGAUUUUCACCCCUGCUGCUUUAAAAAGGGAUUUCUAAAAACUCAUUUUUAGGACAGAGCUGGAAAACAGAAUAUUUAUGGUUAAGAUUCCAAUUUAUUCCAACAUCUGAAGAUAUUGUUCAUAUUUGUUUCUCUCUGUGUCUCAUUGCACUGAUGCUAUGGGGUAAAAUCAUUUGGUGUGCAAAACUUGUUUUUUUUUAUAGCACAAGUACCAUAGCAUUAGCAUUAUGAACAUACAAGAGGGGAGCAACACCUUCCAGUACACCACCAUCAUCCACUACAACUUAAGCAAUCGGUUUUCAGUUUUCAACACAAAGUCAACAUUCAGGUGCUUUGUAAAAGUUGAGUAUGUGGAGAAGCUGUUGUUGGAUUGAGUUGCUGAGAUUUUUAUUCACUUAUGGCUGGUCAGUGUAUCUUGCACUGUUCAGCCCUGUGACAUUGAAAACUUCCAUUAAACGGCACUGUACUUUAUCAAACAAGAGUUUUUUGAGGAUCCAGGACAGCUUGUAAACAAGGCUUUAACCACAGAAAACCAUCUCUGGAGAGUGGAGACACUUCUCUCUUUGUAACUCUCUCCAGGUCUUAUCCUUUUUGCCAUUCCCGGUCCCACGACCAUAUAUCUCCAUUAUCAUCCCUUUGCCCCUUCCCCUUCUCCAGCCCCUGGCAUCACCAUGACUAAACCCCAGAUGGUGGGUCUUUUUUUCCCCCUUCCCCCAGAAGGGUGGAGGCUCUCCUCUCUGAGUGGGUGCUAUCUGCUGCUGCUGCAGCCCUUCAAGGGAGGGGGCUCCUGUUUUUGUAAAUCCCCUAGCAUGAUUGAAAAAGCAGAUUUAGUCCUAUUAGAUUUGGUAAAUAAGCAAGAGCAGGCUGUGUGUGAACACGUCCUUGUUUCUGUUGUCUGAAAAGAAAAUGGAUUAACUGGGAGAAUAGGAUCAAGGCUUUAAUACUGCUCCAUCAUGAUCCAACUCUGGACCGACACACCCCUAUUUCUGAUUUCCAGUUUUUGUGAUUGAAAGAGUCUCUGUAUUAACGAGGAACCAAAGAAGUGUUUCCAGUCUGGUUUCAAAUCGAUUGUUUUGGUUUGGGGGAAAGGACAGUUAUGGUGCAGAUGUUAAGAUUUAGUCAUUCUUUUUUUCCUGUAUCUUCUUCAAACCUGGAGUCAUACCUUCACCAUGACUAUUAGAAAUCAGUGACUGAGUUGUUGAUGAUAUAAAAGUGGGAACGAAGGUCCUCUGGCAGUUCUAGGGAAAAGAUCAGACCUCUGAAUGUACAACAAUGAUCCUUUCUCAUCUCAGAUCUGCAGAGUUCCCUCAUGUCUGUCAUCUCCUGUGUGCAGUCUAUGUGUGCCUUCAGAUCAGACCACAAAAAGCCCUCCAAACUUUUGCCCUUUCUGUGACCACCCUUCCAAGAUCAAGACCCCUUUGGCAUGUCUUUUUUUAAUACCCUGCUUUGCAUAAACUGUGAAGGAGGAGGAGGGGGGGUGUAUUUAAGAAUCUGGGCCCCUCCCCCAAUUGUGAUUGACAAGUGAGGGCAGCAGUACAUGCAUCAGAUGGUUUCACAUGGGGAGUGUGUGCACAGAGGGGGAGGAUGAGGGGAAUACACCGGGGUUUGUUUCAGCCAGCACCAUUGUUGAAGCUCCCCAUGGUUCCCUCUCUCUGUCUCCAGUCUGGGGUAGCAUCCCUUCAGUGUAUCUCUGUUAGUCUGUGCCUCUGCUGCUUGUUGUCAGAGCUGGCCCAAACCUCCAUGGGGCCUGAAGCAAAAUUUGAUUUGGGGGCCCUCUGUUUGUGCCAAUAAUAUUGAUGGAUUAUGGAUUAUUAUUUUUGGUUUUAAGAAAUUCAACUGCAUUGUGCAAAAUUAGAGAUGCACCGAUUGCAAUAUUCUUGGUCGAUACCGAUUUCCGGUUUUAAAGGAGGUCUGACCUGCCAAAACCGAUUUUUCCGAUACCGAUUUUCUAUCUGAGAAAUAAUUAUAAUCAUAUAAUAGACACCAUAUUUGUUUGGCUUGAGUACCCUUUCCCAAUUUUAAUUUAAGUACCCCUCUCCCAGACAACAUUUUGCUUAACUGCAAUUAAAAGCACAACUAAUGGUAGGCUAUAUGCUAUCAUAACCCCCCUUUUCAAGAAUAAAACCUCACAAAUAAGAAAUAGAGUGAGAGUUUCAACAGUGCCUCCUGAGCAGAUUUAUUUUCAACACUGACCAUAAAAUUCAGUCCAGUUUACAGGUCAAUAACUAACUUACAUUCAAACAACAUUCAAAAACGUCCCAGCAUUUGCCUGGUACAAUGUAAUUUAUUGACUACCCCUCCAGUACCUCUCUCAAACGACUCUGGCAGCCCUGUCAGAAAAGUACCGCCUACUUGGUAGUUUGUACCAAUCAACGCCUAAGACAUUUGGAACAACAAACUUAAUACGCCACUUGGAAAAGAAGCACCCAGGCUUGUUUAGCAAAUAUAAGGAAUACACUGCCGCUAAGAGGAGGGAUGCAGUAGAUCGUAAAUCUGGUUAAACACCGGAGUCCACGGUACAAGUUACCAAGUCGGGUGUUUCAUCAGAUUUACGAAGCCUUUAUCCUGUACUACGCUAAACGGCUGGUCCUCCAGUGCCACGAACUCCAUUAUUUUCGUAGUGGUGGCUUUGGACUUUUCAGUGCUGAUGUCGAACAUAGGAGCCACGGCGGAGGGUUGUUGUGGUCGCUGCGACUCCGCUGCAUCCCUCCUCUUAGCGGCAGCUUCGUCCUUAUAUUUGCUAAACAAGCCUGGGUGCUUCUUUUCCAAGUGGCGCAUUAAGUUUGUUGUUCCAAGUGUCUUAGGCGUUGAUCCUCCACGGCUGACUUUUGACGUGCAAGCAUUACAAACAGCGUGUUUUGGGUCGCUCUGGCACACAGUGUCAAAUCACCGACAUGUUUUCCUCCUGAGUCUUGCUAAUUUUUAGCAGUUUUGCUCAGAGCUGAUACGCACCGCGCAUGCGUGUCAGUUUGCUCGGGGAAAACCGGCAAAUUACGACAGUGACCGGCCGGCCACCGGUUGGAUAUAAAACCGGCUUUUUAAAUCGGCGGCCGAUUUAUCGGUGCAUCUCUAUGCAAAAUGUAUUUGUCAUGAAAGAACAACAAUUAAGUCCAAUAACAUAUAAAAUCACUUAUAUUUAAAAAUACUAGCAAAUUCAAUUGUACAAAAAAAGACAAUAAAAUCAAAUAUCAAGCAAAUACAUCAAUAACAGAGUUACCUGAAGCUAACUAAGCUAACUAAAACAAAAACAAAUAUAAAGUUAUAUAACUGGGUCUUGAAACUAUGUAAAUGUAUUUAACUAUGUGCAAAAGCCUUAGUACAUAUUCAAAAUAAACUACCUUAAUCCACACAUUUGCUCUUUUUUUGUUACUCUGUUCUCCCUUAAUACUUCACCUAUUUCUUAAAAUCUGUGCUUCCUGGCUUUUCUGGAGGCAAAUUCAUUUGACAUCACUGUAAGCAAUCCGAUGUCCAACUUUGUUGUUGAUACUAAUCACUGACAGUCCACUCAGUCUUUCUUGUGCCAUGGAAGAUCUCAAGUUGUUCUUUAUUAACUUGAACUUGAAAAAGAUCAGCUCUGUAGAUGCAACAGUCGCAGAGAGAGUGCAGGCUAUCUGUAGAGCUACCCAAAGAUUUGUGAACAGCUCACAGAGAGGGAAGUGAGCAGUUCAAAUUGGGUGAUCCGUGCUGUAGGGAGUUUUAGGAGGUUCUCCAUCUCAGUAGCCAGUGCACUCCUAUCAAUAUAACUGUUCUCCAAAGUCGAGUUUGUCUCCGAGAAGUUUGUCCUGGAAGAAUAUGUCCUUUUUCACAUUGUUUUGCCUCCAUCUACCUUCGCUUUGGGUGUGCAGUGCGUACUGUACUGCAGGAGGCAUACAUUGUAUAUCUAUCUGUAUCUAAAUACAGAUCUGUAUCUAAAUCUGUAUGUAUACCUCUGUAUCUAAUACAUAUAUUUGUAAUAAAUAUGUAUAUGAAAUGGAAGUUUAUAAGUGAUCAUAACUGAAGAGCUGUUAUGUUUAAGCUGACACACAGCACUGUUCUUGUUGUUCAUUUUGCCACCCAUGAUGUCGAGCCCAAGUACUUUGACAAGGUGCCUCUGACGGUCACAUAUUUCGGUGUUGUGAUUCUUUGCACAUGACAGCUUUGAUUUCACUCCUUCUGUUUCUGUUGAAAAUGUCACAGUAUAAAAUGAUGGAGGUCAAGAGUGCAUGCGUUGAUCAGGUAGCGAUGGGAGUGCUCAUGCAGGAUCAAAUGACGAACUUCUUCAGGUGGCCGGAUGCAUUGAUACACGAUAUAUUUCAAAUUUGAGCCACUCAUUACGGAUCAUACAGGAACUUUAACACACAAACCUGAACAAAACCUUGAAUACUGAUACAAGGAGCCAUCUAGUGCUUAAAUAAUUCGUCUAUUCCCGAUAUAAUGGAUCUGCCUUUUUCAUGACAUGGAAGCUUAAGUCUGAGCAUGCCACAAAAGCUAAUUCACUCUUGUUUUAGACAUCAGCACACUUAGAAGGAAGGCUUUAAUGAGCUAAAGCUAACAAGUUUCAUCGCUGUAUCAUCUCACAUGAUUGUUAAACAUAGACUCAGCAGCUAGUCAGGCAGCACACCUCUCGACAUGCUAUCAUCUAACCUUAUCCACAGUUCAUAAAAAGUCUGUGUCACUCAAAAGUGUCAUUGUCCAGUUUUCUCAAAUUCCAAACCUGCCCAUUGUGUUAUUUGGAAAGCUCUGCAGAGACAGAGAUGUAGCUGCCCCUGGACCACCUACUAGGAGUCUUGUGCAAGGUCUUCAUAGCACCGUAUACAUCUUAGCAAAUGGUGCAGAUCACCUGCACUAUUUAACAUUUCUGUAUAGGCUUCUUGUAUUUGCUCUUUCCCUCUUAUAUGUGUGUUUUAGGCUGUCUAUUGUAUUCCUUAACAUACAGCCCAGGGACUGUUUUUCUUCCUACAUGGACCGAGCAGGCUGAAUUGAAGCUGUUGAUGUGCGUGUGUGCAUGCAUACAGAUGCAUGUUUAUGUAGUCAGAGGAUGGGACUACUGGGAUGACUGCUGAAGCAGGAAACUCCAUUUUAUAUGGGGAAGUUGAUGAUGUGGUUUCCUCAGAGCUGGCAGUGGAAGCAUGGGGGGCGCUGGGCUGCCUGCACUGGGUGGCCUCCCAUCUCCUGUAUGUAAUGAUCUUCUCCCAAAUAGCCAGGCAGUCAGGCCAAGGCAAUGAGAGCCCAUCUGCCUGGAGAGAGCCUGUCUCAGGAAAGAUCUGUUCACUGCCCUGAAACCCUUCACCCACAGUCCUGCCUCUACCACCACUCAAUGGAGCCCGACCACCUGUCCCACCUGGCCCUGACAUUGACACUAGAAUAAAACCGGCCCCUCAGUUGUGUACAGCUAUAUUUAGUGUUUGUCACUCAUUAUUUCACUCCGGGAGAGCUGCUAAUUUACAACAACUUGCAGUCACCCUUCCUGUUCACUCAUUUUCAUGAACAAAUGGUGUCUUCACCCAGAGGCUCGAAUAGCUCCAUGUGUCAAAAUGCUAGCUAAGGUAGGUGUGAAGGACUUAUCACUCUGGCUCAAACAGACAGGUUGUAAAUCAACUCUUGAUUGUCUGGAAGAAUCAGUCAACAAGUUUUUGUUUUGAUGCAUCAGUCAGAUGUGUCCUACUAGCAAGUCGAAGAUGUUGAUGCUUUCCACUGAUUAUCAGAUGAGUGCUACAUCCUGAGGAUGCGAGGGCGUUUUCCUGUGGUGUUAUGGCUGCGUGUGCGUGUUUGUCAUGUGGCAGGAGGUGGUUACAUGUGGGGGAGGAGGGUGUUGUCAGAUGAUGGCUCCUGAAGGAACCAUGUGUGAGAUGAAAGAGGGAGGGGAGUGGGGGAGGAAGAAUAAAGAAAGAAGCAAAAGAGAGGAAGAGAGGAGCCUUUACACAACAAACAGGCCUCCCUUCCCCCUCCAGCUCGCUGCUCACUCGUCCUCCAACUGUUGGUGAUAUAGACCCCGGAGGAGCUGUUAACGGCAGUGGCAUGGAAAGUGUCUGCUGUGAGCGUAGCCAGAGAGGCCACCCCCCUGAUACCACAGGCUCUGUGGAUCCACAACAACCUUCAAGCUGCUGAUACACUGCUGCUCUGCUUAUCACAACCUCGUCCCGCUCUCUUUUUCACACUUACUGCCUGCACCAACCAUACGCAUAUCUCACUUUUCUCCCUCUCUACAGAUAUGAUUUGGACACAUGAUGGAGCCAUGAGUGUCCACACAAAAAAAAAAAAAAAAAACACGAUUUACUUUUAUCUUCAAAUGCAGAUGGUGUGCUCUGCCUUGAUGUCUCUGUACUUUUCAAAGUCAGCUCCUUUCCUACACUCAUUUGAUUUUUUUCUCACAUCUCAAACAGCUUCCAUCCUGGCUUUUACAGACUGAGGAUUUGCUGUCUACAGGGAGACCCAACUUAAACAGGGCAUCAUUGAAUCCCUGCCGUACUCUUGACGUUCUCUGAAUGCACACUCGACUCAAUUUAGACCACCUCUUGUGAGAUUGUUGGUCCAUGUGUAGGUUCACCAGCGCCAAAUUUUCCCUGUUAAUCACCAGAGUAGUACAGCACGGCAUGUUUACAGUACAGUGUAGAGCUUAGAGCACUGUUUUCUUUCUUGCUCUACUCUUUUAUCCUGUUGUUUUAGAGUUUUGGUCAAAUGGGUUUUUUUAACUGCAGAACAUGUAUUGAUAACCAUGUCAUACCAAGACACAUUAUCAACAAAGCCAGAAAUCCAACCUAGUGUUUGCAGGACCCAUGCCGAACAGGCAUCGAUGCUCUGGCCUACAUGAGCAGAAAACUACAAGGGGAACAAAAUCAUUGCAUUUUAUCGUGUACAUUAUGGGCUCCAUAUAACAGGGUCAGUCCAUCUCCUGAUAAUGGAGGUGUAUCAGAAUUACUCUUGUAGGACUUGCAGAGGGUAAGAAGACCAAUGGGAGGGGCUUUUGCUUGAGUGAAAUGGCUCAACCUCUGCGGAUAAUGCUGCAAUGUUACUAUUUGGUUCGUUUGCAAAUUCUGAAAACAAUUUAAAUUGAAAAUCUUACUUCAGAGUCUGAAUUGAUUCAUUUGUUCAAGGGGAUAACACUAGGUUCAGACUACCUGUGAUGACAUUUUCUGUGUUUCUUUCUCUUUUUUUUUUCUUAUUGUGUCAGGCUUACAUGAUAAACAAGUCACAAUUUUCUGGUGUAAAAGCUCUUUUAUUAAUAACAAAAACAAAAUCUUUUAAUGGUUGUACAAGAUUGGCAUAAUAUUCAUAUUGGCAAAAACUUUUAAAAAAUCUGUUAAGUAUUGGUAGAUAAUGAAAUAUACAGCCAAGAAGGUGGUGCAUCAUGUAUCCCAGCGCCAUCAGUGUCAAGCAUUAACAUGUUGGCUGUAUGGAAGUACUUUUGAAGUGUUUGAAACGAACAGUAAAAUAGCUACCAGUACUUGCACUGCUUGAAAGGUGGUGCAAAGAGGAACAAAACAAAAACCAUUUUUAACACUCCAGUCAUCCCCAAGUUUCAAAAGUUUCUGCAAAGUCACCAAACAUCGUUUCAGCUUUGCCUAAUUUCUUUAGCAAAGAGACCAAACACAGCUCACCCACUCUCUUCUAGCAGCCGCUUGUUUGUGCGGAGACCUUGGCAAGUCCAUUACCGACUUCAGCGGGGUGACGCAGCUCAAGGAAGAACAUUUAUGAUCAUUUUAUGUACUGUUGAUGAAGUUAGGUGCUGUUCUGAGCUUUAUUUGUGGCUAUAGAGUGGCUUUUUGGUUGAGGUUUGUGCUGGCUCCUUAGACCGCUCUGUAUUGCUAUCGUGUGGUCGUUACUAAAGUUGGUAUAACUAAAGAAGCAAGCGGUCAGCAACAUUCAUCUCUCGAGGGGGUGUCUAACUCUGUGUUACGGUGUGUUUGACCCUAGCUUAAUUUUACGCUGGAAUAUCCCUUUUAAUAAUGAUAAAUCAAUGAAUUCAUUGCUCUGAAAAACAGCCUCUAAGUGUGGUGGAAGAUGCAGGUGUACUUGGAUUGGUAACAGUAGCUGUAUGCCAUUCAAAACAAGUUUGAAAAUAUCUACAUAACUGAUAUAAAAAUCCAACGCAAAUGUCAUACAUGGCAACGAAAUUCACAUGUAAUGUUUAUUAUUGAGUUGUGCCCUAAGCAUCACAACAGAUUAUCUUUUGCAACUGAGGUAGCUUUUAGCAUUGUCGGUUGUUUAUCCCCAUCAUGCUAAUGACAUAGUAUAUACACAUGGUUGUUGUACACACAGAAUGGCAUAGAUCAGAGUCGAAGCUGCCCCAUGGAUCAGCUUUUUUUGGCAGUGCUAGCAGGUAUGUCUUCUGGAGUCAGUAUAUGAUCUAAAGAUGUGAUGUGAGCCCGGUCAAGACCAUGAUCACAUCACAAUCAUUAGACUAUUACUAUUAUUCUAUCAAAGUUACAAAUUCUGUUUUCAUGACAACCAACCCUUCACACCAACAUACACUGAUGCAGAUGCAUUACAAAAGCCUACUGAUGGCAAAACUUUGUCACAGCGCUUUUGCUGAAUUACAGUUAAUAAAGGCACAAUAGAUGUGACAAAGUCUUGAGUUCCUUUUGACUCUUUGGGGCAAACAUUUCUUGAAAAAAGAAUUUUUUUCCCCCAUCACUUCACUCAGUUAUUUUUUGAGAAUCAUCACCAAACGCACUUUUCUGUUGAGGAGAACCUAUACAGUCCUGAGCUGCAGUGGGGGACUGUGUGGAGGGAGAGGAGAGAUAAGGAGGACAGAGAGAGGAAAGGAGUGGGGUGGAGAGUGAAGCGAGGGUGUUGUCAGGGGAAUAAUAGAAUGCCUCAGAGGCCCUUGUAGACCCCAGGCAGCAGGACGGAAUGGGUGUGGGGGGGUGGGAGGAAAAUGGUGUGGAAGAGAGCAGUAAGAGGUUAAACCAGAGAGAGAGAGAUGGUGGGGGAGUUGGGUGAGAGAAGUAGCAAAUACCUUCAGGCUGAAAAGCUGAUUGCAAGCCCGGCCCACAGAGGGGCUGUGGCGAUGACACACCUUUUGAGUAAGCCUUGACUCAGCCUCCAAUCUUUGUCCUGGUGUGCAAAUACUGAACAGCCUGUUAGGUCACUGCAGUAGCAUGGCAAUAAAUUUGGUAGUUUUGCUCAAAGAUUGACAAGAGAGCUGAUAAGUGAUAAGCUACAAAGGGUAUCAAAGUCUCAUUGAUCAUUAAUGCAGUGCAGCUGAUGUCCCGCGUUUGUUUAUGCCAUUGAGACACGUGCGGGACUGAAUGUUGGAAACAGUGUGUUUUCUUUUGUUGUUGCCAAAGGUUGUUGUGGGUUAUGUCCUUGCAGUGUCAAAGUUUUGUUCCUACUCUGUGUAUGUUUUUGCCUCUAAAGGGUUCCCACAAGACAUGUCCAGCCACAGCAGAGCGUCCCUUAUUGCUUCUCAGAAAGUAAAGUGUUAGUGUGUUAGCACCAGUCUGAGGAGGGCUUGGCAAGCUCGACGGAUGGCUCAAGAAAGGGCACGCACACCACAUUAAUUCUCCUUCUUCCUGCCAUCUGAGAUGUUGUGUGGCACUUCAAAGGUGGAGCCAGGGCGGUGUUAAUCCAGGGGCUGUAGCAAGCCCUCUACUCUGCUGCGUGGUACUCAACUCACCACUCUUUCCCCGGUCCUGGCCCCCAGCUUUUUCCAAGUGUGAUCAAAGUGCAGUCUGUCUCUGAUGGAUGGGCUCUCUCUGGCCCAGAGGCGGCCUGACAGGGGACCAGGAAGUAGAAAGGAGUAUGACACAGGAACCCUUGUUACAUGCACAGAUACACACUAUCUUUCUAUCCUGUAAUAAGCAGAGCUAAUGGCCAGGGGGUGCAGUUGGAUCUGAUUCGGUCUGAUUUGAUUCAGUAUUUUCAUACCCUAAAUAAGAGAAAGGGUUUGACUUUUUGUCCAAGUAGCAUGUCCUUGAAUGUAUUCUUUUUCCAAGGGGCAAAAGACUAAAAUUAUACACUUGGUAGAAAUCUUGGCUUUUCUGUACAUUCAUCUGUUCAUUCUUGAACUUAGUUCACAAAUGUAGAUUAACACUAAAAUACAUCAACACAUCUAAGCACACUGCAUUUACAAAGUAUCAAUCCUCUAAAUUGAAGCCAAUUGGAAAACACAAGUAAAUAGAAACACACUGAACAACAGAGCUCAUUGUGACGCAAUAGACACAAGAGCAAUGCUGCAGUUGAAAAUGCAGUGAUUUUAUUAAAAAAAUAAAAAACCUGUUGGCCUCCUUUUUUCUCCUCAUGAUGUUUCUGUCAUAGUUUCAUGCUGCCUGCUAUCAUGUAACCAAUACUGUAACCACUUACAAAGCCAUUCCUCUUAACAACACAGAAAGGCUGUAGCCCUGAGUGAUAAAACUAGCUGUAGAUUCCAGGAUAUCUGAAGACUUUGCAAAGUUGUGGCUGGAAAAGGUGUUUCAUAUUUAAGACUAUUUGCACUGCUAAUUGCUAAUGCCAACCUCUUAGCAAAGGUUUGGUCAUGAGGUCUUGUGAGGUCAGGGGCUGUGUGAACUGAUGCCAUCUUUGGCACGGAAAUAUUCUAUUCUGACUCAACUGCAGUACAGCCUUUUCAGUGCUCACAGUCUUCAGUACAAAACCGCUCAAUAUCACCUGUUUUUGUUGCUUCACUCAUGACAGUCUCAACUGAAGAUAGCUCAACUUUUGGAACAAGCUUAUCAGUGAUGUUUCUUGAUCUCUGACCAGUCAGAAUCUAGAAGAAGAACAAGAACUUUAUUUAUCCUCAAAAAGAAAUUCAAUAAGGGCCAGGACUUCUGAUGGCAUCUUUGUCAACAACAAUGACCAAAAUUUAUAUGAGACAGAAAGAGACCUCAUUUGUUUUCAUGUGUAGAGCUGCUACUAAUGCUGUAUCAAGAUUAUAAUCCAUGGUUUGAGACGUUCUUUGUCAAAUGAAACCGAAUGAAAGCAAAACCUAAGUAUAGAGAGCAUUAUAAAGUGCACCUACUGAUUACUGUUUAGGGGAGCAGAGGUGCUGCAAGACAAUUAAUUGUAACCUGACAACAGUAAACGCCUGUGAAAUGCACACUGAAAAUGAGGUCCUGGGUACUGCCACCACAUAAAAACAACUUGGUGGACAUGGUCACUGAAAUUUCUGGCAGACAAUGAACAUAGUGUCUUUUCUAUAAAGCGAACAUGCAGGCAGACUGAUUGUUGAAAAGUUGUCCAUACUUUUUAUUCUGUAAAUGUGACUUGAUUUCUGAGGAGGAGAUUGCAAAUCACAUUGCUGAGUUACUUUCUCAUCAUGGGUUUCUACAUAGAUUAAAUAAACCACAAACUUCAUUACAGUGACAUCACCUUUUGAUUUCUUAACUGUAACCCACUGACCAUGGUCUUCAUAUUGAGAUUUUUACUGUUGCCAGUCACCUGAGCUAACUUGACUCUUGUUAAAAGAUCACACCUUUGAUCCUGAAAGAAGUGCACACACCCGAUGGUUGGUUUUCUAGAUAUUCUGAUCCAGAAGUUCUGUUGUAAGAGUGAGAUGAGGGAACCUGUUGAUCUUCUCGUGUUUGCUCAGACAUUUGUGCAGCAGUAAUCUGAAUUAAAACCUGUUUUGUUUACCCAGUUGUUGGCGUGUACACAUAUUCAAAUCAUUAUCAGUACUUAUCUAUUUGGCAAUGAGUUGGGCUGCACAGUGGUGCAGUGGCUGUUUCGCAGCAGAAAGGUUCCCGGUCCUUAUCCCUGCCAGAAAAAGAAGUCUCUGUUUAGAGUAUAUGUUAUUUGCAUGCAUGGGGUCUAGGCAGUGUGGAUUACUCCCAUAGUCUAAAGAUGUGAUCAUUGAGUUUAUUAGCAGUUCAAAAGGUGUGAGAGUGAUUGUGGUUGAUGGGAUAGGUAAUAGAGACAAUGGAUCAAUGAAUAGAUGAAUGGGUGGUAUUGUUGUCUUUAAGUUUCAAAGUGGAACCUUUCAAGCAGUUGCAGAUCCGUCCUCCAUUUUUCAUAUGAAUUUGCAGCUGCAUUAGCUGCUGUUAAGACUUGGCUUACUUCAAAAGGUUCAGAGGGUCACUGUCAGCUGCAGAGUUGCCUCUAGAUGUGUCAUUGCACAGUGUGCAUCAUUUACAUGGCAAACCAGGAAUUGUGUUAAGUAAGCAUGCAACUUUUUUUCUGCCUGACAGGUGUGCCCAGACUCAAAACAAAGCAAGUUUGGUACGGCUCCAUCCCCACUGAAGUCUGUGCCAAAUGCCAAUUUGCGUGGCUUGGCAAGCAAGUUCGUUUGCAUACCACUUGCAGACAGACCUGACAGGCAUGAACUCUCACUUCCCACCUGUAUCAUAGUGUGGUUAUUGCAUUUCCUUUGUAAUUUACUAUAGUUUCAAAUGAAUGAUGAAUAGAAAACUGAAACAGACUUGCUGAAGUUGAACCCUUUGCAAAAUUUGCUAGUAUAGGGUGGUACCCGAAGAAGCUUAUCAAACUGGGCAUGGUCUGCCCCAUGUAGCUUUGAGUGGAAAUGAAGUUGCCACACAGAGUUCUUGAACAAACUAGUGAAGAAUUAAAUCUUCAACAUGGAUGUCAAACCUGAAGCGUGAACCUCUCGCUCACUGACGGUAGUCAGUGAGUUAGCUGCUGCUGUGUUGCUAACAGUCUGUUACGAGUCCAUCCCUAAAAACUGUCUUGGCGGCUUUUUUCAUUCCGACCAACUUCCGAUGCUACAGUUGUGUUUCUGUAAUUUUGCUAUCAUGGGAAAAAAAUCGAUAUUUGAACAUUUGUUAAUCGUAAUCAACCAUCACGUGUCACAUUGCAAUGCAUCAAAGAAAAUGAGUCUGGUCCUUCCCAAGUUUUCUGCUUGGUAAAAGGAAGUUUUUUUCCUUGCCACUGUCACUCAUAUUGGAUGAGAUGGGUCAAAUCUAUCCUGUCUUAAGAUUGGGUCUUGAUAAUAUAUCAAAGAAUGAGUGUGGUCUAGACCUGCUCUGUUUUGGAAAAUGUUUUGGGAUAACGACUGUUGUGAAGUGGAGCUAUAUAAAUAAAAUUUGAUUGAUUGAUUGAUUGAUUGAAUCUUGGACCACUUCUAUUUAAUAACGUCAAGUGGCUUUUCCAAGUGUGGUCAACAUAGCUUCAUUCCUUCUCACAAAGCUUUAUCCACAUGCCAGUGCUGGUUCUGCGUUCCUGCAGUUAAGUGUGCCACUUUCAUCAGACACAGUCUCCAUAGCAACUUCAUUCCAUGUCUCCAUUUUCUAGAUCAAAAUACUGACAAACCUCACCUUGGUACAAGAUGACAUCUGUACUUGUUUACAUCUAGAUGGUAGCGCGUUAUUGUGUUGGUAAUUGUCAAUAAUUGCCUUGGCUGACUCCGCCCCUUGGGUAACGGGUGGCUGGGCUACAGUUUAGACUCGGUCUACGACUGGCAUUCUGGACCUGCAGUGUUAAAAAUAUCAAUUUGCUUCAUCAAAAAGUAAAUCUGGAGCCAAUGGGGACAGUGUUUAUUGGUUUACUUGACUAAACAGAUACAGCUUAUUGGUACACCCCUGCACAUGGCCCUGAAUCACAAAAGGUGUGAGUAAUUAACUGUGAAGAUUUGACAGCUUUGUGAUUGAAAAAGCAACAUGAGAUUUCGAUUUCCAUAUACACCAAGAUGCUCACACCAGUCCUGUCAUAGCAGGCUCUUCUUCUAUUGGAAUGUUUUUAAAAAUCCAUUAAAGCCUGUCCUACUUUCCACUGUGAACACGAUGAUCUGUAGGCUUUUAAAUUGCUGUUUCGAAUGACCUCAUUAAAAUUAAUGAACUGUUCUUUCUUUGAGUCAUCAGACAUUGGUGACUUUAGCUUCUGUCAUCAAACUUGCUUGCCUGGUGUCUUUGCAUAAAAGCUUGAGUCAGAAAGCAGGAACCGGCUUUCUUGACUUAACCUCCUACUACUGUUUUCUUUUCUAACCUCAAGCAGAAACGUUUAACUCAUCCUGUUUUUCAACUUCUUUCUUAACCCUGCUCUGUUCCUCCCCUCCUCCUCCUCCUCCUGUUGUGUUUUUCAUCGUGCUGACUUGUUGGCUCCUGGUUUCCGUCGUUCUCUGUGGCUGGGAGGUGUGUACGCUGACCUUUGUUGACCUCUAAGCUCGACCUAGUUCCUCUAGAGAGAAAGAGAGGUAGACUGAAGACAUGAGCGAGUGCACGACAAUCAAACCUGCCUCCUUGUCCUUGACUGUUCCCCCCCGUUGAACGUGCAGUAGUAGAAUUGUGAUUGUUUAUGCGCCAGAAUGAGGUCGGCAGAUGCCUUUUUUCACAUAUCUACAAACUCCUGAUGACUCUUCUGUCGAUGUUUGAGUUUUUACUCCUUAGUGUUUUCCUGACAGAUCCUUAGUAAGGUUUCCACAAGAGGCCAGGGUGAGGCAAUGUAUGAACAGGUAAAAGUCAGAGGCACUCACCUCGAGUGACUGGGUGGGGUAAAGAUGUGUACCGAUUGUGGAGAGUUCUUUUGCUUCAUGCUCUUUGCUGCUCACCUUAGUUAUCUGUGUUACGUUUUCACAGUUGUGUUUAUAUUUGGUAGAAGAAUUUUCAUACGUUUUGGAAAGAUUUCUGACAGAGAGAAGCCCUCCCCAAGUCCAUUUAUGAACAGAAAAGUCCUGAUAUACUAAAGCUAUAAAAAAAAUGUCAGGAGAGUAUGUGUCAAAGGGACUGGAGAGACAGAGUUUGGGUACGUUGUUAGAGAAGGGACCAGGAGGGGUGAGGAAAGAUCAGCUGCAGUCAGUUAUGUUCCUUUUCUAAAGAGCAACUGGUUGGGCUUCAGCCUGAAGGAGCUACUUUGCAUCCUGCAAAAAGGGGGCUUUAAGUGAAAUGGACACUUGGCUGACGGAGCACUUUACAUUUGCAUUUCUGCCCUCUCAGCCUCCUGUUCUCUCUCUUUUUCCCCUCCUGUUCUAUUUCAGAGCCUUUGGGUAUCAUUUGGAAUAGCGGUGCAUGCUGGGAAGCCGUGUGGGGUGCUCUGUCUUGGUUGGUCAGCAGAGGAGAGGAGGAGGGGGGGCACGGCUGUGCUGCAGCUCUAGGCCCCUGCUGCCUGCCAUCUCUCCUUGGUGCUUUCAGGUCUUUUCGAGUUUGCUCUGCCGGUUACUGCCGCUUCAUAAAACCUGAAUGGCUGGAACACAAAGCCAGGCAGGAGAGGGGUCAUGGCUGAACUUGAACCCAGGCUACAGCCAAGCAACUGCAGGCAAACCAAGAAACUCAGCUUGCAAAUUCCAACCAUCCCUCCUGCUGUCCACCUCUGCUUGCUCACCUUACACUAAAACACCCAUUGGUCAUUGUGCAACCGAGCUUUGGCAACAUUUCGUACCAUGUUUUAUUUGUAAAUAUGUGCCUUUGUGCUGAUGUCUCGAACCUGUUUACCUCAAAACAGCCUUUCAUGUAUGCAUUGACCCAUUGCUCUCUUUGUUAUGUGUGUAGGAGCUGGAGAAAGCCCUGUCAGAGCAGGACUUUGACUUCCUUGGGGACCUCAUUGCUUGUCUUCUGCAAGGAUGCUACCAGCGCCGUGACAUCACGUGAGUUGUUAAUUACUUAUACUUACCCAAGCUGGGAAGUCACAGUGUGUGUGUUAUAGCACACACUAUGAUGAUUCAUAUUUGGAAAACUCACAUGUUGAGAGUUGCUCACUGGACUGUAAUUCCUGAACUCUCAUACUUUUUGCCUGAAGCUUAUCCCAUCAAAGCAGGCAUAUGGCUCACUACAAUCCAACUGAACCUACAGUCUGUCAGCUGAUCUUAAAGGGAUAUUCCGGCAUAAAAUUAUGUAAGGGUCAAAUGCACCGUAACACUGAGUUAGACACCCCCUGAGACGAAUGUUGCCGACUGCUUGUUUCUCUAGUUAUACCAACUUAAAACGGCCGCACGGUAGCAAUACACAGCGGUCUAUGGAUCCACGCGCAAACUGCAACCAAAAAGUCACUUGUAGCAACAAAUAAUGCUCAGAACAGCAGGACAUAUAGGGUCCCAGCCAUAGCAUUAGCCAUCAAACAUCUUUUUAGCUUUCCCUUAUUUCUUUGGCAAAGAGACUAAACACAACUCACCUACUCUCUUCCAGCAGCCGCUUGUUUGUGGCGGAGCCUUGAUGAGUUGAUCACAGAGUGCAGUGGAUCAUUUUCUUUUAAGUACUAAUCAUCAAAAUAAUGAUUUUGCACUGCAGAAGCAGUAGUUCUUCUGCCUUAGCGACUUGGUCUGUUUGCAUUUCCAUGAAGUAAUGAUCAUAAAUGUUCCUCCUUGAGCUGCGAAACUCCGCUACACUCUGCGGUCAUGACUGAAUAGAGGUUAUUGAUGUUGUAUUUCAAGCAUCUUUAAAAUUCAAGAAAUAAGGUAAUUUUAUUGAUGUCCUGACACAUGACAGCUGGAAAAAACACUUUUCUUCAGCUCUAACCUUAACAUUUUAACAAAUCCAUUUUUAGCUAUCCAAUGAGAUUAUAAAUAAACCUGUUAACAGAUCUCCGCAGAAAUUAAACUCAACAUUCAGAUGCUGCUAAAAUGCAAGUACAAAUGUUGAACCUGCCCUAGUUUAAGUUGAAUAAGACUGCACAGAUCCAUGUCUUCAUUUUGUCCUAACUGAAACAUUUAAAGCACCUUGUGAAAACAUCAGCAACACAAUAGACAUGAAUAAUUAGCGUCUCCUGUCAGCUUGAUUUGUUGCUGUUGAAAUAUGACCAGUCUUUCAAACUCACCAAACUAGUCAUCAGAGCACUCAGGAACCCUCGUAGGAAGUGUGAGUCACAUGUACAUGACUCGCUAAGGAGUCACAAUUUACUCACCAUAUCCUGACUUGUGGUGAAAUCAUGCUCUUCCCGUACGUUGUUAUAGAAGACCAAAUAAGCCACUGAAACUUUUGCCUCUUGUGAUCAAGCAACAGGGGAAAGUGAGUGUGGCGGGUUGAUAUUCAAAUCCACAAGUAUGACUUAUCUCCUAUUUGCCCCCCCAUUUUACACACCUCCUCCUCGGGGCCCAUCGUUAGAGAGCAGCACAGUGGUACCAGUGAAGCGAUAAGCAGAGAGGCAGGAAUGAUCCAGUUUUUCUGCCCAGGCAACCGGUAACAGGAGGACAACCUGCUUUAUUGGACUGGACAGGCGCUGGCAUCCUGGGGGUGGCUGCUCAGCACUGGCCUUUCACUGAGCUGCCCUUUUCAUCCGCACGUGUUAAACGCUCUGCCGGAGCGGGGGAGACAAGGGAGGGAGGAUGUAGAAGAGGACGAGGGACGAAGAGAAGGAGAGGGAUGGGGUUGCUAGGAGGAGGGGAGCCUGCAGCUGUGUGAAAAGUGCACGCUGCUCUUUCAAGAUAAGCCAUUUUCUCUGUCCCUCUUUCUCUGCGCUGCUGCAUAGAUGCUAACCCCUGCCCCAAAGCCCUUGUUCUGUUCAACUAAGUGUGGACUGAAAGGUACGGAUUAAUAGGCUAACCUGAACCGGAACCAGCAUUAUUUACCAGCUUCGACCCAUCGUAGAUAUACAACCCCACUCCCUUUCAGAGAAACUAUUCUUUUCUCUUCCAGCCCUGCCUCCUCUCUCUUACUGAGACUGUGGCUGUUUGAACUUCACUUGUUUUCUAAAAUGCACUCUACAAAAGGACACUGGUUGAUAUUGAGACAUUGUGUGCACACCAAAAUUUGCAAAUGAAUCAGUUGUAUCUAUCUAAACUGACAGAUUCCAGUGGACCAAAAAAAACUUUGUUGGGAUUCUCUUUAUAGGUUGUACAUUGACUGGGUCUACGUGGACAUGGGUUUUAGGACUAGUUUUGAUUUACUUUUCUAUAAGUAUCCCACCUUUGACACCACCGGGAACUAAGAUAAGCCCUCAUCCCAGCCAAAAGACUGAGCGAGAACAGGAUACAGUGGCCUGUAUAAGCCAUGCCCUUGUCUCUGACAGCUGCUGACUGCCUUUGCCAGGGUGGCCUCAGCCCAAGUGAUGUAACGUCAAAACAAAGAUGGAGACCGCAACAAGGACAUCUAACAUCUGGAUAGGGAUGGAAAUUUCCACUUAUCUCCAUGUUUGAGUAACCAACUCACUCAAUGAAAGAGUAGUCGAGUACUCUUAAAGUAUACAUUUUUACCAUUCAACAAAGUUUUCAGCAAAGUUUUCUGCAGUAUACUGCUCAUCGGUUCUGCAUAGGGCUUGGCGAUACAGCCUUAAAUCAAUAUCCCGAUGUAUUGAGGAGUUCACCUCGAUAACUAUAAAUGAAUGAUAACUACUCCACAAGCUGCACACCCCCUCCCACAUUAACUUUGUUUACUUCAGCCACUGCUCCAGCUUUUGAACUGUCCUCCAUAUCCUCACCUGUCUAUCCCACUCUGUUACGGACUGAAUGGGUUGGAGUCACGUCUCCAACGUAGGACAGCAUCUUAAAGGAACAUGAGACCAUAGCCUACCUACACACAUCCGAAACCAACUUUUAUUUAUUUUUUUGACAACAAACAUACAGAUAUGGGCAAAAUGACGUCGGUUAUUGUUGUAAAUUUCAGUAUCAGUAAUUUUUUGGUUAAUCGCCCAGCCCUAGUACUGCAUGUCUGAGGGAUGUCCAUCUCUAAUUCCCAGUAUUGACUAAAAUGAUAAGUGAUGGCAACAUACAACUCUGUGGUUAGACUUGUCCAUGAGUCUGGUGAUACAUUGUCAACGCUGCAAGACACUCCCUAAUUUUCCUGCUGAGCGACCCUCAUACAUUUUCCACUCCCGUAGUUGUGGUCAGCACACAAAAGCCUUCCCCUUCCACAAACUGAAUGGGAGCGCGUCUGCAGCCACUGUUUUCAUUAAUAGCAGGUGAACCUUCUCCGCUCUGGUGUCAUAGCACCAGCAUCUGCUAACAGGGCCGGUCAGCGCUGUGAUGCAAGAUUGCCCAUCAAUCUGUCUCCACAGUCUUCUGCCAGAGUUUUGAGCAUCAAACUAGCUAUGAUACACAAGUUUAACACUGCAUACUUUGCACUGCAUGUUAUUGUUGUCCUUAUUGUUAAGCUACUCCUACAUGCUGCUUUUCCUGGUCACAGCUGACACAAGCAUGUGCCUGUAAGCUAAGUUCUGUGUAGUGCAGUGGUUAUCAAGUCCAGUCCUCGAGGCCCACUGUCCUGCAUGUUUUGGAUGUUUCCCUGCUCCAACACACCUGAUUCAAAUGAUCAGCUCGUUAUCAAGCUCUGUAAUGGCUUAAUAACGAGCUGAUCAUUUGAAUCAGGUGUGUUGGAGCAGGGAAACAUCCAAAACAAGCAGGACAGUGGGCCUUGAGGACUGGACUUGAGAACCACUGGUGUAGUGUAACUAUACUGAAGUUUCUCAACAUAGAAACUGACGUAUGCUUUCCUAUGAUAAAACUAUUUGACAUAACGGGACAUUUAGGUUGGCGCGAUGUUGACUUUCAAUAGUGCUAAGCUGGAACAGGGUACAGUGGUCUUAAUUAUUCUGAAAUUUCCAAAUUCUAUAUUUUUUGGUUGUUACAGGCACCUUUGGUAUUUAUAUUUCAUAAAGUCAAAUAAAUUAAGAUGCAAGCUCUUAUCACAUAUACAGUGGUAUAAAUUACAGGUGUCUUGUGUGCAUGUUAAAAUCAUAUCCUGAAUAAGAUGCAGCUGGGAUAAGGCUCAUACCUGGGAUACUUAAGUCCAUGUAAACACAUUCAGAGUUGUUUCUAUUAAUCUUAUAAUCCGGUGGCAGUCUCACAUAAAUGAGUCCAACAUCUCCUUUAGUUUACUUUAUCGCUUGAGUUUGUUGGAUCUGGUACAAGAAGAUGUCAAAGCUGCUUUGUUUGUCUGGCUAAUAAUUUUCCUUUGAUCUAUUGUUGUUCAACUCAUCAUACUGCAAUUGCUUUUCUAUUUUCAACACCAGUCUUUUGCAUUUAACCAUCAUUAACUUGACACUUCAUUUUACACAUGUCAAAAGGAUCUUGUCCACGAUUGUCAUCAACUCUUAUAAACGUGAGAAGUGAUCCUUUCUUUAAAAACUUGGUUCAAAUAUAUUACAAAACAUAAAUGACAAAAAGGACUGUCAGCUGCUUCAUGUCUCUCUGCUGUGUGAAAUGAAAUAUCAAUAACAUAAAAGUUUGUAUUUUAGGGUUUAAUCUGAGAAUGCUUUAAUACAGUUUUAAUUUAUACACAGAUGUCACCUCCACAAACAUUGGGGCCGCCCGCUCACAUUCAGUCACUUGUCUGUUCUUCUGCUUUGCCCGUUAGACCCCAAUCGUUUAGCAGCUACCUGGAUGACAUCAUCAACUACAGGUGGGAGCUGGAAGAGGGAAAGCCCAACCCGCUGAGAGAGAGCCCCUUUCAGACCCUCCCUCCUCGCACUCAGGUUGAACUGCUGCACCGGCUGUGCGACUACCGUCUGGAUGCUGCUGAUGUUUUCGACCUGCUGAAGGUAUAUCCAGAGAUCCAUUCAUGUGAAUUGGAAACAUUUUUCAUGCAUGCAGCCCAUUAUCAUUUGUUUAAACUUUUAAUUUAGACUUAGAAUAAUUGGAUCAAAGCCAUUUGUUUAUGGGCUCAACUGAAAACACUAUCAAAUAUCCUUUUAGUUUGAUGGUUUUUCACCUUAGAGCAUUGUAUCCCAUUAAGACCUCAUGGUUUAAACAUGAACUGGGUGGUGAAUCUUUAAGUAUCGGGGGAAUAUUUUAUCCUUUGAAUCAUUUAACACGACUGGAGUGUUCUACUGUGGCCUGAGGAGGAUCUGUAAGAGUUUCCUGUACAUUUUCAUUUGUAACCGACUUCUAUCUGUCACACAGAAUUUAGUUCAGCUCUUUAUUGCACCUGGAAAAAAAAGCGAACCCAUAUUUUACCACUCGUGUAUCUGUCCGUGGGCGAUCACUUUCAGACCAAUGUUUUUUCCUUAUGACAUAAUUUUUUUUCUGAAAUCAUUUCUGUGGUUAAAUUUAUGAAUGCACUCUGUCAGCCCCUGAAAAGGCGUCAUGAUUCAUAGACAUGUAGGUUACUAGGACUAAAUGACAUCACCAAGUAAUGACUGACAGUUUAAAAAUGGAGUCCUACACAUGAUGUGAGAAAUGCCUUUUUCCCCCACCCACAACCCCCCACCAGGGCCUUGAUGCAGACAGCCUGAGGGUGGAACCCCUGGGGCAGGAUGGAAAUGGAGCCCUCUACUGGUACUUUUAUGGCACUCGCAUGUACAAAGAAGAGCCAAUCAAGAGGAAAGCAGAGAAGAUCAGGUAUGAAAUACAUUGUUUUGUGCAUUCUCCACAUCUCCGCAUCUCUCUCUCUGGAACGGAUGCUCAGUAAAAAGUAAUGUUUUCUCUUUUACUAGUGCACAGGGUAAGUGUGUAAUUGCAGAGGUAGUUUGACACUAAUUUACAGGCCUGUAAAGGGUUAAUUAUAGAGGUCUCACAUAGCUACUUACCCCUCUAAAAAGACUAUAAUUUUAAAGGGUUCCUCUCUUUUUUUCCCCCUGAAAGUGAGUCCACUGAGCUAGCAUUUCCAGAGAAGAAGAAAAGGGGAAGACCACCAAAGAAGAGGAAACUGGAAGACCCUCAUCUAAGGUGAGAAAACACACAUUUGUUUGUUGUCACAGCCAAUGGUGUACAGCACAAAAAUGCUGAGGUUUAGCCGUGCAUGUGUUGCACAGAUGUACCUGUUUAAAGUAACAGCUGAUACCACGGCUUUGGGCUGUACUGUUUUUUGGGAAUGGUUACAUUGGUGAGGACUAAAACAAUCAUCUUAGAAUUAAUGUAGUUCCUCAAACUUUUGUGUAAGCUUCAAAACUCACCGAGCUUCAUUUAGUGAUGUGAAGGUACAGAGAAAACACACAGAUAACACAAACCAAAUAUGACAAAAUUUAGAAAAAAAUUACACUGCUGAAGUAAAGUGGUUUGAAAUAGUCUUUAUUUGUUUGAUUUCUACGAAGAAGAACAGAAAUUUUUUGUCGCAUUGAUUCUGGUUUUCAGAUUUUUAUAGAUUAUCCAUGACCUGGACGGAUAGGAGGAACCUCUGUAGGCAGAUAUAAGAUUACAUUUUGAUUCAGCAUCCACCUACACCCUAUUAGUAGCAUGGUUUUUUAAAUAGCAACAUUACAAAGUGACAGCAAUGAAUCCUAUAAAUAAAUUCUUUAAUCUAUAUCCUUUUUGUAAUUUGUUCAGGGUUUUUUGUACAAUAAUUGUUCAAGAAAACUUAAAAAAAUUGGGUUCAAGCCACACCUAUUUUAGUUUUCUAUAAAGACAAAAAUACCUUUUGGUUGUACAGAUACAUGCACAUGCACAGGUAAUGAUGUCUCAACACACCUUCUUGUGAUUUAUACCUUCCAGUGAGGUGGAAACCGAGGUGACUGAGGUGGUAGAAGAGAAAACUGAAAAUGGACUGGAAGACCUGCGACCCAGCACAGGUGAGAGAAUAUCACCAACAUGCACUUUUUCCUUUAAUACAUGCAGGAGUUGGUGUCUAUACGCUUUAUUUGAGUUUUAAAUGAACAUAAAGCUAUAAAGUCUCUUGCUCUGUGUGUCUGCCAGGCCGUAAGCGAGGCGUCUGGUCCCUGGUGUGUGAUACAGAGGAGCAGUGGGUCAAUCUGGCAGAAAGCAUCAAGGACAAAACCUCCCCACAGGAUCGCCACCUCUACCGUGUCAUCAGCCAGAACUUCCUGCCUGAGAUCAGCAGCAUGAUCGAGCACAAGGUCAGACACCACAGAGACACCACAGCUAUUAUUCUCAAUUAAAGCAGCAGCUCAUAGCGCAUUCGGUUAGACAGACUCUAGGAAGAGUGUGUCAGCCAUUACCCAGAGCCUAGGUCUCUCAAUAGCUGACUGUGAUGUGAGUCUGGACCUGUUAAUAUUUGGCGUUUCUAUUCUGAUUGGUGGAUUUUUCUUGCUUCUAGGGAUGUCUGUUUUGAACCGUAUGUUUCCAAGCUUUCAUGAUAGUUAUUUUAGUGGCCAUGGAAAGUCUGUAAGCAGUUGUUAUAAAUCAUGCUGAUAGACCAAUUUGAUCGUUUCCUUUGAUAAACAACUGAGAGUAAAGAUGCUCAGAGGAGGCAGCCCUAAUAAGAUUGAAGGGAUACAUUUCAGAAAAUUGGUUGAGUUGUAAAAAAACAGAUGUGGUCAUGGCUGUUCCUAGCUCAAUAUCAGGGUGAAGUGGUACAAUUGUAUAAUUGUGGCAAGGCUGAUCUCAUGACACUGUUCAAAUUAAGAAAGUACAACAUGAUGUGUUGUCAUUUUUGAAGUACAACUUUGUUUAGGGCAGCUGGGAGUCUUCCCAAGGAAACCAUAAGCAUCAAACAUUUUUUUACACAUGGAUAAAUACAUUUAUAAAUGUAAAAUAAAUAAAUAAAUUCAAUUAAAAAAAGGAGGGGAUAGCAUGCUAGCAUAUGAGUGAUAGUGUUCUUUAGGUUUUGUCUGGACAAGCUGACUUUUGCCCUCCACAUUACUUGGACCAGCUGAAGGACAGGCAAGGUGAAAAAAAAGCCAGUCUGAGCUCGUCCCUAAAUCUUCACACAAUCUUGGUAAUGACGUUUGCCCGGGGCCUUAAACUUGAGCCUAACUAUGGAGCACUACUGUAGAUCUCAUGCUAGUUUGGAUGAGUCAAGGCUAAAGUUGUGACAUCAGGCCCGGCCGUUCCUUACGUCAAGCUCGUUUAUCUACAGUCUCUUUUUCUGGAAUGUGUGUGAAAUACCUCAAGAGGAAACUUUAGACCGGCAGUUUGCCCUCUUCACAGCAAGAAUGAGUCAAAGCCAACACACACUUGCUCAGUUUUCCUCCCAGCUUCUGUGCAGUUUCCACUGGAAUAAUCUGAAUAUUACAGUGAGAGCUCACCCUGCCUGUCAGUAAAAGAUCAUUUUGCCCUGAUAUAUGUGAUAUAACAGUCUUUCCCUGUCACCAUCCAAAGCAAAGUUGUGAACUCUUCUGGCAGUUUGGCGUCAGCAGAGCGAUUAGUCACUUAACUCUGGAAGUCAUUGGAUUUAUCACUCAGCCGUUAGACUCACAGUCAUUUUUUAGUCAUUAAGAAGACUUGUCACUUUCCAAAAGCAAAGUAUUUGUAAGGAUAAAUUCAUAAGAGCAGAAAACAGUAAAGCUACAUGAUUUCAGUUUUGGUUGAUCAGUGUGGACGCAUUUAGGGGAUUUGUGUGUAUGAUUUGAUUCCUCUAUUUCUAUAAGCUCUUGUGAGGAACUUGCUGUUUGAGUUGAUUUGAGCGCCCCCGGUGGACAAAGUGAUGCCUCUUUUCUCUUUGCUCGUCUUGUCCUGUUGAUGUGCAAGAUGCUUUCUCUGAUGAAAAGUGUCAGACUUUCCUAUAAAUGCCAAAUAUAUCACUUAUAAUGAAUAUUUCCUGUUGAAAAUCUAAUUUAAGGCUUUUCCUUGCACCCCCACACUGGUUACAGGCAUUAAAAAUAACAUUAGAGGAGGUGUUGUUUCAUCACUAGUUUUAAACUUUCACUGGAGCUUUAAGGGAUGGAAUACCUCCUCAGUCCAUUAGGAUUCGAAAAAGAAAUCAAACAAAACAAGACAACUAUUUCUAUUUACAAGUGCUGUUUCUAGCUGCUCGUGUCUCUAAAACAGACUUUUUAGCUGCUUAGGAAACAGACAAUUAUUACUAAUUCCUCUGUAUGAAGAGAACCACCGGGGCAACAAUUGAUCAUCUCUUUAAAGCUGAGUAGGUGUCCAAAAAAUAGGUCAACAUACGGUAUGCCAGAGAAAAAAAUCUUUUUCACACAUUUUCCAAAGAUUCACUACGAGUGAUGAAUUGGACUGAUAAGCAAAGAGGUGAGAGGUGUAGCUACACAAACCACAAGUUCCUCAGAGAAAACGGUUUCCUAUCUAGCAAACAGUAAUACUGACUAAUUAGCAUGUUCAAGGAAAAGAAGAGUGAGGUGAACAGAGUGCAGAGCAGCCGCCUCUGCAGAAGUCAGCCAGUCAGCAAUGAACAGAAAGGUGGAAAAUCAUAGUUUGUAGAACAUUGGUAGCCCAGUGGCUAAGGAGGAGGAGGAGGAGGAGGGGAACAAAAGAAAGUGGAGAAAUUACCAAAGGAAAGAAACCAGUCAAUAAAGAAAGCAAAGGAAAGGAACCAGUAGAUAGAAAGAGGAAGGAAAAAACUGGUAAGCAGUACUUGGAAAGGACAAGACAUCUUAAAGAGAAACGAAAGGAGAAGGACUGAGUCAGGACAGGAUUUUUUUUAUUGAAGUUUGUUUAAACUUUAGACAGAAAAAGGGGAGGGCAGCUCAUCAAAGCCAGAGACUGAGAAAGAUUUAAAAAAGACCCACUCAGAUUCAGGGACAUGUGAUUAUUUUUUCUUGUUGAUGACAAAUUGUCGACGGCAGAUUACUAACCUUGAUCUGCAAGUAUAUGUAGGUGAUCUUUAUGUUGACUGUUGAAUAUUUCCUUUCUGUCCAUAAUUUGAUCACUUCUUGGAACCAGUUUAUAGCUCUGGCUCAUCCACAAUUUUAGGUGUUUAAAAUUAUGGUCAUAGCUCCACUUUUUUACUUUACUCUGGAAUUACACGGCACAUCACAAUUUCAUGGUUUUUGCACUGUGAGCCUUUACAAUAAACUGAUUGCAAAUGUCUUAGUUGGCUGCAGUAAAUAAGAGAAAUGAUCCCAAGUUAAAAAAUUAAUUUAGCAUACGUACACUUGACUUUACAUGUGGGAUGGAGUCCAGAGUCUACAGGCCACAAUGGUUUCACACCUUUUCAGUCAAAUGCAGUCAGAAGAAAACAAGCUUCCUAUCAUCAACUCACCAAUUCAUCAUGGUUACAAGUGGAAAUAAAUGGAUUUGGAUUGUUUUAUUUAUAUAUAUUUAUGUUUUUGUAUUUAAGACUAAGGAUCAACAUUAUGCAAGCACAAGUAUCAUGUGAAAACAUGGACAUGGCUUUACUGAAGUCACCCACUGGUUUCUGUAGUGUUGAUUAAGUUUAUUGAUGACAGUUUCCUUUUUGGAAAAGCCAACUUUCAGCCUGCCUAGCAACAGAGUCCCCACCUUUCAGUCAAGUCAGCCAUUGCUCUAUCUUUCAAACUAUUGGGUUAUAAAAAAUCACCCCCUGCACAGUGUGUGUGGGCAAAGAAAUGAGCUGUACAGAUCCAAAUAGUUUUUAAACCAGGCUUGAAACAUCUUUGUUUUCUUUGCGGUAAAGAUUUUUUUGUUUGUUUUUUAUUGUAAUUGGGCAUAUGUGGUUUUCAGUGCUUUUGGAGCCGGCCUUUAGUGGACGCUCAAGGAACUGGCUUAUCUUUAUUUUAGAACCAGAGGCUGCCACUUUGUUAAUCAUGAGAUGACUCCAUGACACUUUGUUAAUUAUGUAAAAAGCAGAAAAACAUGGACAUGUGAAUUUUCUGCACUUCAUAAAUUUGAAUGUGCUGCCCUUUAUAUCUUAAUAGGGUUAUUCAAAUGUUCAUGCACACUUGAUUUUUUCUCGGAGUGCAGACCUACUGGUGUGUGCAUUUAAGCAUGUCAAAUACAGAGUGUGUGUAGCCACUUGACUCCCUCCCCGCAUGUGUCUCAGGCUGCUGUCACCAGCCAUUUCAUGGGGCACUGACAGCGGGCAGGAGCUCACCUUGAGGCAGGAAGGAGCCUCUUGAAUGACAGCUCUGCUGCGCUGCAGGAUUCUGUCGACCUCUCUAAGUGGUGACACCAGAGGACCUCCAUCCUUCCCAUGUUGGAUGGAGGGGGGGGUGGAAAAGUGGGGAGGGAUUGUUUAGCCUGAGGAUAUGCCAGCGCCUCACACUAAGAUAAAACAGAGAUGGAGUGUGGACAGAAUUGAGGGCGCAGAUCAUGAGCAGGUUUUUCUUCUGCCUCUCACUCCACACCCACGUCUUCCUUCCUCUUUUCCCCCCACAUCGGCACACAGGCAAACGCCUCACACAGCUGUUUUCAUAUUUUCAUAUUUCAAAUAGUAUGUUUAUGGAUGCUGAAGAGCCCGGCUGUGACACCUUUCAGUGCUGUUGGUUGACAUUAAUUCACAGUCAGACUCCCCUGAUGAACUCUGACAUGAGCUGCAGAGGCUGAACCCUGAUAUAAACAGCCUUUAAAGUCAUCUGCUCAGAGGAGGAAUGUAUUGGCUGGUGGUUCCCCUCUUUCAUUUAGCACUUUAUUAACUGAUUCCCUUAUGUUUCAUUGACAUGGAUUACGAUGAUCGUAACCUGCUGGUUUGCACACUGAGGUAGGAACAGAAAAUAUGUGCAGGAUUGACUGAUUGUGUCAUUUCAUUGUGAGCACAGCUGAGUUUGAAACAGGACAGCACACACUUCCCUGUAAUUGCUCCUUUGUUUUUCUAAUGCUGCUAAUUACCAGAUAUUAUAAUUGGAGUCUUGUCAAACACAGGGCUUAAUUUUCUUGUUUUUACCCUGAUGUUCAUGUGUUAACCUCGGGGAAAGAAGGGGGAAUUCAUGCAGCAGCAGACCGAGGGCGUCUUGGGGGAUGGGGAGAGGAGAGCCAGUGACCUCUCAGUACUCACUGCUCCUCCACAGCUCCCCGGGGCCUGUCAGUGUGUUGACUCGUGAGUGGUUGUCUGUGUAUCUGUGCGCCUUGAAGACUCAAUCAGUUAUUUGUUGGACUCUGACAGACAGAUCCAUAAAUGCUAUUUGAGGGAUGGAAAUAUAUUGAGGAUGUAUAUUGACAAUAACUUGCCCUUUUAUUGUCUCAGUGGAACAUUUUUGAUCUUCUGCUGCUGUUUGUUAUGCAGUGGUAGGAUGUAGUAACAAUAGAUUGAGGUUUCCUCUUUAGAGCAAUAUGAGCAUUUGCAGUUUACACUUGGCUAAAGUCUGGGUCUAUGAUAACAAAUAUAAAAAAACAAUUCAAACGAGUAAUCCUUUCUUUUAUUUUAUAUUUGUACAAAGCAAUAUCACAUAUUUAACAACACUUUGAUUAUUUUACAUAUUUUUUCAGACCUUUACAUGCACAUGUACACAGAUAUAAUAAUAAUAAUAAUAAUAAAAAAAAUAAGUUAAAAUUAAAAAAAAUAAAUAAAAAUCACAUAUACAGAAAUAAAAAGUUAAGCAUCCCGGCUCAUGUGCAGUUUAAUCAGCCAUCAUUAUUUAUAGGUAAAUACAUUCGUUAUACACUCGAACAUAUAUUUAUGCAUACCAAUCUUCAUUCAUUGCCUCUGCAAGCGUUCAACUACAAUUUUAAAAUGUGCUUGCACUUCAACUGUAACCUCAUGACCAAAUCUUUCUUGUAUUUCCCAUCAUGCAAGUUAAUGGUGUAACUUUUGCUUCAGGGAUCAAUAAAGUUCUUCUUAUCUUAUCUUAUUGACAUAAGAUCUACAGAAGCCUAAAGUGAAACUUUCUCCUCCCAACACUAUGAAGGUAAUGAAAAAAUCUGCUGUCAGUGGGGUCAGAAAUGUAAUCCAGAUUUGAUAGUAUUUGUCUUUUUGGUUUAUCAAAGUGCAAGUCUUUUUUUUUCCCAUUUCAGGCAUAACCAAAAUGAUCCCAGAGAAGUCAUUUAAUGUUGCUUCUCCUGGAGUGACCCGCUUUGAUUGAUUACUUGAAAGCACUUGCAGCAGCUUUGCAUCACUUCUUCUCAAAAACUGAACCUGACCCAGAUAGAGACUCUCAAAGUUCAGGGGCACUUGUAUCUUAGACACUUUGUUUUGUGAAAGCCGUUUCAGUACAAACUCAGGUUAGCACAAUUUAAGAAUAAAUGACUGGCUUCAAUCUGUGUCUCUUCUUACGAUGAAACUGUGUUGUUUACCUGUUUAAUUGAGUUCUCAGUAUGAUGUCUGUCAUCAUGAUUCAGCCGGAUGAAGCUAAGACAGCUUUCAGUUACCCUCAAAUAAUUUGGUGCCAGUUUAGUGAUGAGAAACCUGCUUGUUUGAUUCAUUUUGGGACAUGUUGCACACACAGGUUUUGUGUGGAAAAAGAGGAACCGCAGACACACAUGAAAACUUGUAAUUUAAAGCUAUAGUGCACUCUUGAAUAUUUGUACAUUCUGAAUAAUGUCAUUAACAGUGUUCGGUGCAGAUGGAGUAGAGGGUUCCAGUUUUGUUCAUGUUUGCAGAUUAUUUUUGUUCUUUUCAUAUCAAAAGCUGAUCAUCUCGUUUUGUUUAAUUUCAGGAGCGAGAGCAGAAACAGAAGCUCCUGGAUCCAAACCCAGUUCGAAUGUCACAGCGGUUCUCUGUGAAAUUCACCAACCUUGUUGAGGAUAGGGUGAGUCUGCACUCUUCUGUGAAUAUGUCUCCACUCAUGUUCUCCAAAAGACCUGAUUACAAACAUUAUUUUCUUGAUUUUUUUUGCAUAGCUACUGACAUGUCCAUUUAGCUACCAGCUUUGCUUUUUUCGUUGUUGAUGUUUUUUGUUGAUGUCUCGUCUGUACUUUGUGGUUCUGCAUGCGUGAUAUUUUUAAAAAUAAGAGAUAAAGGGAUUCAACUUUUAGCGGGAUGUUCAUCACAGUUUUGUUUGUGUCGAUCUCAGGAUGACAUGAAUGCCACAGCAGAGGAGGACAAGAGGAAAGAUGAGGAGCUGGACAGACAGGUCCUGCUGGCCGAGCAGCGACGAGAAGAGGAAAGACUUUUGCAGGAGGAACUACAGAGAGAAAAGAUGGAGAAGAUCAAAGCCGUGGAGGGUAAGACGGAUGGUUGUGUUGAUGGAUGAUACAUAGACUGAAAGAGUGGACUCUUCCCUUUGUGCUAAAAUUCAUUUUUCUUUCUAAUCGCAGGAAAGUGACACAAAAAUAAACACGCAUUCAGAUUGCAAAGCUAAAAAUCCAGGUUCUUAAAGGGGUGUUUUCAGCUUUCUUUUCUUCAACAACCUUUCACAGCAGGUAGAAUCUUUCAAACUCUUCUUCCAACUCAGGGAAGGGAAGAAUGAAUUUCACAUGGUGCUCCACCCGCGCUUUCUUUUCACGCCUGCACCGCUGUGGUUCAGCUGGUAGUGGUUCAAAACCUUCAGUCGCAGCCCCUGGAAGCCUUGUGAUUUAUGUAUAGUACAGAGAGACUGUGAGAGGGAAUGUUCAGGGCCUUUAAUCACAGGAUCACUCCUCUUUUUCUCCCUCCCUCUGAUGUCAUCUGUCAAGGGUUAAUGAACUGCUGAUUGUGCUUCAGUGGAGGAGCCUCAUUAAUGUAUUAUAGAUGAACAGCAGGACCUGGGCUGCUCUCUGUGUGGAUUGCAUAUGAAGAAUCCUCCCUCAAACCUCUUUAAUCCACACAGCAGGGGAGGUUGGCAGGCCUCUCAUGUUAAAAGAUAAAGCAGCAAUACAUGUGCACUCUCCCUGCUCUGUUCUGCUCUUUUGAUCAACUGGGCCUAAGGAAAGAUGGCCGGCCAAUCUUUCUCUCUCUCUCUGCUUAUCUGAACAGCUGUCUCUGAAGACCAAAGCCUGGAUUUCAUUGACUUUCCUGAUAACCUCAAUAGGCAACAAGCACAAUUUAAAACUGCAACUCCGGAGCCCUAAAAGAAGCAAUUAAAGCAUUAUUUACCUGCGGCCUCCAGAGACUGGAGUUAUUUGUGUUUGUUCUCCUAAUUGUCUCCCGUCUUCAUCUUUUUUUUCUUUUUCUUUUACAGAGCGAGCCAAGAGGAGAAAGAUGCGGGAAGAGAAAGCCUGGUUGCUGUCUCAAGGAAAAGAUCUGCCGCCUGAACUCCUGAAUCUGGAGCCCUCUUCCCCUGUGCACAGAACACGCAGGAAUAAAGAGUUGUAAGAGGCUUUGAACAUUUGACUUUUUUUGGUUUUUAAACAAGUCGAGGUUGAAGAUUUCUAAGUUUCAUGUUUAUCGUUUCAGCUAUGAAAUCGAUGACGACUACACAGCUCUUUACAAAGGUAUGCUUUCAGAGCUUUUCUUGAAGGGUGUAGCAUUCAUAAACCUUCAUAAAUAUCAAUGUUUUAUUCCUUACAUGCUUUCCUUCCUUACAGUGCUUGAAGCCUUAAAAGCCCAUAAAGAUGCUUGGCCUUUCUUGGAGCCUGUGGAUGACUCCUAUGCCCCUAAUUACCAUGAGAUCAUCAAGGUAUAAUUGACAGGCAAUGAUUGCCGACAUUUCACAGUGAUGUGUGGUGAUUGUUGAAUAUUCUGACCGCAUUAGAGUGGCUUACAUUUUAAGAAAGACAGACACAAAGGUCUGACUUUUGCUGUUGGUCGUCUCGUGCUUUGAAUACCCUCAGACUCCCAUGGACCUCUCCACCAUUGAAAAGAAGCUCAAUGACGGUGACUACGUUGCUAAGGAGGAGUUUGUCGCCGAUGUGAAGCUCAUGUUUGAGAACUGCAUGGAAUACAACGGAGAAGACAGCGGUAAAUGAACACAGAUGCUCACACAUUAACCAUUCGCACUCAGAGAAUCAUUCUUCAUCCUUUUACAGCUUUAGAACUUCAGUAAGAAUAGAUGAUCGCAUUAAUGUCGAUGUGUUCAUGUUUUAAGAAGGAGGCACAUGGAUGAAUUUUUGGGGUGAGAGUGGGAGAGAGCAAAAGAAAAGGGGCCACGCUCGGUGCUGUGUAGGGGCCGGGGCCAGGGCAGCCUUGACAGUGAUUAAUGAGGAGUGAUUGAGCUGUGCUCCAGUGCUCAGGGGGAUCUGAGCCCUGCAGUGCCAGAGAAACAUUCCAGCCCCUAAGCCCCCUGUCUGGAGCCAUCCAUCCAACUGAAUACUCUCCCCAGAGACAAGGGGCGGAGAGUGGUAAGGGGGCCCAGGGUGGAGCAGGGGGAGGAGGAAGGGAGUGGAGAUGCAGGGGUUGACCUACGCCCUCUGACCUGGUCAGUCGGCCGCUGGGCCUAGAACAGAGCAGCAAGUGUGUUUGUUGGUACGUGGCCUCCAUAUUGGUCUGAAGUAUUUAUGUCUGAGUGUACGACCUAGAGAUGGAGAGACGUGUUAUUACUAAGUGGUUGCAAAUUGCCCUGAUUUGAUGGAAGAUGCUGCACCAGGUGUUUUUUUUUUUUAAUCUAGAAUGACACAUUUUCAGUGUUUUGUCAUUUCUGUCUUAACUCAUCAUCAAAUUGAAAAUGUGAUCAUAUAAAAUAUGAUUUUUUUUAAACUAACAAAUUCUUCAGUUUUAACAUUUGAUCUGUUGUCUUUGCGCUGUAUUCCAGAUCUGUUUUAUCCACAUUUUACACAGUUUCCUAUCUUUUUUGGAAUUGUGGUAACAGAGAUGAAGACGAUGUUUUUGUGUAUCUAAACCUUUGUGUGUUUUAUCAUUUAUGUGAAUCUCUUUACAGAGUAUACUAUCAUGGCAGAGUCUCUAGAACGCUGUUUCAGCCGAGCCUUACUAAAACACUUCCCGUCGGAGGAUGGUGACACGGACGAGGAAUUUCACAUCGAGAGAGAAGACAAGGACCGCAAGGACAAAAAGCGCAACCGUGGCAGCAAGCAUGGAGGACCUGAGAACUUGAUCAAGGCCACUGAGCAGGUCCAACGGAAGAGGAGCUCCCAAGGGGGGAAAGGCAGUAAACCUUCAGAGGAGGAGGACUACAAACCCAUCCGACCACCUCCUCCUCCUCACUGGGCCAAUGGUCCCCCUCACCCCCACAGCCUUCAUCCAGGCCAGCAGCACAUCCAUGGAGGAGGCAUCAGGGGCAUGUACCACCCAGGGCAACAGGUAUCCCUCAAGGAGUCCACUUUUCAAAUCAUUUUUUAUUCAAUAUUCAAACAGGUUUUUAAAAACACAAUCUUUUUUUUCUUUGCUUACUGUCUAAAAUAUUUAAAAUGGUGAUUUAUCUCUAUUGUCAUCCCAGUUCCAUCGCCCUCCUGGUCGCCCUGGCCCUCAUGGUCCCCCUGGUCCUCACAUGUUUGCCCAAAGAAUGGCCAUGGAUCCCCGCUUUGCUUACCCAGCACACAUCCCCAGACAUGGAGACCCUGGUUUAAAUCGUAUGCCACACAGUUUUAAUGUACAGGUAAGCACUUGUAAUGAUGGCUCUCCUAUACCUGUUCUAAUCAUGAUCAACUCUGUGACCUUGUUAACAAGGAUGUUGAUCAAAAACCUGAUUGGGUUUGUUUUUCCCCCAGCAUCGCAUGGCUGAAGGGCAUCAAAUGGGUCCACGGUAUCCAGUGGGCCCAGACCCUACCCAUCAGCAGCCCCCACAUCUGCAGCAGCACCCAUACAUGGGCCCCACUCACGGGCCAUCUCUGGGUCCACGUCCUGUAGCCAUGCAGCCUGGACCUCCGCCUGAAGCCAGCAUGUACCCAACCCCCCACCGUCCAGAGAACCACAACAUGCACGCCAUGGGCAACAGAUUCUCAGGGCCAGAAGGACCUCCUCAGCACAACUACCCAGGCAUGAGGCCACCUGGUAUGGGACUGCCCAACAUGUGGACUGAUAUGAAUCACCAGGAGAGACCUAAUGGGAUGCGCAUGCAAGAUCCCAACAUGGCGAAUCAGCGCAACUACAGUUAUGGUGGUGUUCCCCCCCCAGUGGGGCACAAACCAUGGCUUGAAGCUGCCGGGUACCCCCACCCACCUCCAAAUGCCCAGUAUCAAAUCCCGGCUGCCGUCAGCUCCCCGGGGCCCGUGUCCUCCCGUCCCCCUGUUCCCCACCCAGACUCCUCUGGCAGAGCUCGCUUGGCUUCCAUGUUGGAAAGCCCUGAGAUGCUGGCCCUGCAGCAGCUGUCAGCCUCUUCUGGACCCCCUACUGGUACCCCUCAUCAGCACAUGAGCAACUUUCAGCAGCCUGGGCCCCCAUCAGGAAUUGGCAGCAUCCCAGCUCAGCCCUCUCAGCAGCCUUCGCCUGCCCCUGAGGUUCAGCUGCUGCGUCCUGCAAGAGACAAUGGGCCAGACAGCCAGCCCUCCCAGCAGACAGACAUUCAGCCCAAAGGUAGAUCUGACCUUCUCUCUGAGUUUUUCCUCAGCCCUCAAUAUUCCUCAUGAAGAAAUAAAAUCAGUCUUUUACUCCAUACAGCCCCCACCCUUGCCUGUCCGCUGUGUUUCAAAUGAAUUUCCAGUUUGGUUUUAAUUAUUUUCAACAGUCAGUGGCAAGUUGAAUAUUUAGUAGUGAUUUUUUUUGCUGGGUGGCUUUAGGGAACAAAAGAGAUGAAAAGUCGUCAGCUAAGCUUUUCUAGCAGGCCUAAAAACAAGAUUGCUGCUCUGCCAUAAAUGAACAAACUCCAAGAGAAACAGUUAAAAAAUGACACAAAUAUUGAUUGAUUAAUUGUAGCCAACGUACAUCUCCAACUGUAUAAGGGUUGGGAAAUGUUUAAAAGUAUAAUAUGAAGCUCGACCACAAAAACACUAAAAGAGUUGUGUAAUAAAAACACACAGAGAAUCAUGUCCAAACUACAUAUCUGCAACAAGUUACCCACUGAGCAUUUUUUGGUCUAAAAAAGCGCUAAUAGAUGCCUAAAUCUAGCCUAGACGACUGGUCUAAAAUCAGGGUACCACAGGUCUAAAAAUGAAAGUUUUUUAGUUUAGACUAAAUCUAAAUGUGGGCUAUAUCUAUACUACACUGUAUAUUGCUCAACGGCUAUCAUAAUUACUUUGGUUAAGUACUUGGAGAUCAGUUAUGCAACUCACAGUUGCUUUUUGAAAUAAAUUAUUAUCGAAUAAUGGGUAAAAGUGCAACGUCUAAAUUCUGUCUAAAAAUGUGAGGGAUCUAGACGGUUGAAAUUAGGUCUAAAGAAAAAAAAAAAAUAGAUGUCUCAUAGCUGUCUAUUGCUCAGUGGGUAGUGACAUACUUUGUUAUAGAGAGAGCACUCCAGAGGUAAAGAUGGAAGAAGGUUCACCGCUCUGAGGGGGACUGAGUAAGCUAACAGAACAAUUUUAGGACUAAUGCUGGUGAGCUGUGACUUUCAGGACCUCAGGUGGCUCUGUGUUUAACAGGCAUGACUCUGCAGUAGAAAUCUCUGCAUGGGCUCAAAUUUACUUCCAAAAACAAGUUUCCCUGAAUUUUGCUUGUUACUGGAUUCGCAAAUGCAGGAUCAAAGUGGAUCAUAGAAAGAGGAAACAGUUGUAGUGGAAAUUUGACUUCUGACAAAUCAGAAUUUGACCUUCCUUUUGGAAAUCAUGGAUGAUGGAUCCUCUGCUUUGAUGAGGAGAAGGACCACCAGGCACACAGAUCAAGCUCCAUUAAUACUUGAGGAUGAACUGCCUCCCAGCAAAUGUCUUUUUUAGAGAAGUCCAUACUAUAAUACUGCAAAGAAACACCAAACUAUCUGACCUGCCUGCAGCCCUGACUUGUCACCCAGUGAAAGCUUCUGGCAUAUCAUGAAACAAAAAAAUAGGAAAAAAAGAGACCCUAAUUUUUUUUGAAAGCUGAAAUUGAUUUUCCUUUUUUGUUUGAUUGAUUUAAAUUUAUUUUGAACAUAAAAUUAGUAAAGAAUACAAAAACAAAUGAUAAAAAGUUAUCUAUGUUCAAAAAGGAGUGGGAAGAAGUCGAAACUUAUCUAGUCCCACCCCUUCUCCUACACUAAUGAUUUACAUAUAUAUCAUAAUAUUAUAUCAUAAUAUUAAACAUCAUGAAAAUAAUAGCAAUAAAGAUAAUCACCAUAAUGAAAACAAAACAACAACUAAACAAUAAUAAUAAUGAUAAUAGUAACUAUAAUGUACAAUGUUCACCCUCUGUAUGCAUGCACCUGCAUCGAUGUGAAAGGACUAUGAGAAGAGAGAGAAGAAAUAAAGGACUAACAAUAACAAAACAAUAACAAACAAAACUUUCAGAAAGGACCGGUUAAUGAUGUACAUUAAUAUAAAUAGAAAAUAUUUGUAAAAAAUAGAACAAUCCUCUUUUAAAACUUGAGGGAUUGCUCUUUUCUGCGCCUGGACCAGUCUUGUUAAACAGAAAGGCGACUCCACUUCAUGGUAAACAUGCACCUGUCCUGUUUUUAAAACCUGUUGCAUCAAAUUUAAACGAGAAUCAAUUUAUCAUUGAACAAUCAGAUUUGAUGUGUUUUCUUUGUGUUAUUUUCAAUUUAUGAUGUGACGUUGUGUCAAAUCAAACAUUAUUUUAAGGUUUGAAAAUGACUGACACCAACUCUUAUGGAAGUGGGUUCUACCUUUCUAUGAGUUUGCUACAAAGAUCUUGAUAUGUUGUGGUAGUACUGACUAACAUGUGUUGUCAUCUAAUCUUCAACAAAAGUCCAUGUCCUUCUUCUCUUUUUGACUCUAACUACCCUGUAAUUGUUUUUGUUUCUCCUUAACAGAAUCCUCGUUAGAAAACACAGUGGCUGCAAGCACAAAUUCAGCUGAAGCAUCAUCACACAGAAGCACUGUUUCAGCUCACCAAGAGCACCUGUCUAUCCAAAGCCCCACAGGAAUCCACUCUGGCUUACCAGAGGACACGCGGAGCCCCUCAGCCCCCGACUCAGGCAGAUCACGGGAGAACACGUCUGUAUCAGGACUCAAACAAAGUUCUUCAGAGAGUCAAAAGAAAGACAGAGAUGACCAGAGACAAUCUGUCAACUACAGCCCCUCCCAACAAGUUAGUGCCAGUACUCUACAGUCCUAUGUUCAUGGAAGGAACAGCAACUCCACUGGUUCCUCUUCCCCUGACCAGCCUCAGCAUGCACAGAACAGUCCACAGCAGAAAUCUCUCCACACGUUACCUCUACAUCACAACGUUACGCUCCUGCAUGGCGCAGCAUCUCAGAAUUCAGUUCAGCACGUAGCAGAGAACAACUUUCAGAACAUGCAGAAUACUAACCAGCAAAGUGAACACCAGCAGGGCACCCAAACAAACCCCCCUCAAUGCCCCCCUCAGCGCUCCCCCCAGCAAAUGACCCAGAACACUCAGCAGCACAAUCCCCUUCCUCCUCCCCAAAACAUGACUCCACAGUGUCCCACGCAAAACAACCCCAUGCACGGGAUGCCACAAAGUGCCACACAAGAAGCCCAUCCUGAACCCCCUCAGCCAGCCCCUCUCACCUCCCUACCACCUAGUCAUCCUACCCCUCUGCUACCCCCCCAACCCAGCCCUGCAGACCACGGAGAUCAAAGACCCAGUGAGCCUACAAGUAGACCAGGAACAGACAGCACUGCAGCUCCUCCACAGCACACUGUGAUAAAACCUGGACCUCCAAACGGGGUUUAUAAACAGCAGGCUUUCAGCCCCAAUCAACAUCAGACCUCACUGGUGGGAAGGUUUGAUGCUGGUAACCCAGGUCUGCAGGUUCAGAGGGGGCCGGCACCCCCUCACUCCCAAGGCCAGGCAAACGGAGCCAUGGGCCCAUAUGGCAUGGGGAACUCUCCAAAUCCUAACUACAGCCAGACAAACAUGAGCAGGCCCAUGCCUCCGUCUGCUCGCCACCCUUAUCAUAAUCAGGUCAUGAACCCCCUCCACAAUCCUGCUCACCAUCCGAACUACCAUCAGCAGGGAGGGCCCGCCUACUCCUACCACGUACCGGGCCAGCAGCACCCUCAGGCACACCCGAAUAUGUACCCCCCUCAUCAAUACCAGCAGCAGCACUACUACCCACAGCCACAUCCCCAAGCUCAGGCCAACAGCAGGGGGAGCUAUCCUCCAGAGGACUGGCUCCACUCCCAGUACCAGCCUCGCCAAGCAGUGCCGACCAACACCCACGUCCCUGCAGCCAGAGCUCGAGGAAAUGGUCAAUCGAAGGAGAGCAGCGUGUCCCCGUUAGGCUCUGAGGGCUCCAGCAGUGCUUCUUUAAUGUCUCCUGGAUCUAUGUCUGAAGUAGGGCCUCACCCCGGCAGCUCAGGGGAGGGGAAGAGCGCAGGCAGGGAGCAGGCAGGUGGAAACAGCCUCGCAGGUCAGGCUCACGCAGAGCGACCCGAAAGCCCUAAAGAAAUCCUCGACCUCGACAGCCACAACGCUGUCAGUCGUCACCGAAGCACCCAGCCGCCUCAACAACACCCCCUGGCCUCCGCUGCACACAUGGUGUCCGGCUUCAUGUACGACCCCCGCGCUGUGCACCCCGGGAUGCAGCAAGGCGGAGUCCCUCCUCCACACAUGAUGUCUCAGGCACGCGGAAACGCAAACGGAGCCCCUUAUUCCGGCCAGCAAUACCCAGAUCCCGGACGAUACGCCACCCAAAGACCUCACCCACACCUGAUGGAGGCGCUGCAGCGGCCCCAGCAACUGCCCUACUCACCAGGUCAGACACGCAUGGCCAUGUACAGACACCCUCGGCCUGUGGGACACUUCCAGGGCAUGAUGAUGCAGCAGAGAGGACUCGCACCAGAACACUUCCUGCACCCAGGGUACGAUUGCCGUUAAAAGCCCGAACCUUUAUUGUACUUGUACCACUACUGCACUCUUGUGUCUAAAAUAUCAAUAUUAUCAUUUACACACAUAAACUGUUUUGAGUGAGGUUGGCACUUUCAUCCAAACAAGACCAACAAACUAAAAGAUGAGCUGUGAGUCUGACUGAUCUAUCAAAAUAAAAGCCUCCUGCAGAGUCUAAGUCAGGAAGCAGACAUUUAUCAAAACAAAUCUGGAUACAGAAACAGCCUGCACAGGUUCAGGUUUUUUUUUUUUCCCACAGCUGACCUUCAGCUGUAAAAAAAACAACAUUGCUAACAACAUUUAUUGUGUUUUUUCUUGAUGAUGGCAGGCAACAGAUGAUGGCAGCUCCAGGAGGUCCCAGCAGCAAACAAGGAGUGUGACGAUAACCAUGUUAGUGUGAGUAAAGUUUAUAUCUUGACAAAAUAACGCAUAUUUCACAGCUUUGAGCUCAUUUUAAACAUUUCCAAUCAAUUCAGUGCCUCUAAGGGAUGCGUAAAGUCAGAAAAAAAGGAUGAUAUUUUGUCUUUUUUUUGCAAUCUAUAAAGUAAUAUGAAAAAUUGACAGGAGAUUAAACAUUGAUGCAUUUUGUUUGCAUGCACAUUCAUUCAUAAUUUAAAAAUUGGCAAUCAUAGUUGUGUUAUUCUGAGCUUUUUUCUACGAGACUUCUACAACAGAAACAUGAGAAAUCUUGUUGUCUACAUCUGUCAGUCAGACUGGUGCAGAAAAAAAAGAGUUUUUAAUAUGAUGAAUUUUAAUAUUAUGUAGAAGUUGAUGUUGCAGCAGGGAAUUAUUGCAUUGAUUAGAAAAUCAAUGCAUCGAUUUUGCAACAGAACACAUCCUACAUGUCUUCUGUUUGUACCUUCUGAGACAGCAACAGAAAACACAACUCUGAAACUUUGGCACACAAUUUCAGUAGCAGGAUAUAACAAAGAACCCCAAAGAGGUUGUAUGCGUUCACCUCAUGAAAAUCCACUAAAAUAACUUUAUAUUGAAUAAAAUUAUUUCUGUUAAUAGAUGAAUACCUUAAAACUUAACAGUUUUAUUAUGUGAGUUUUUGCUGUGAAACUAUCCAGCUGUAUAAAAGUAGACUCAUCAGGUUAACCAUGAAAACAGUUUGUUGUACUUCGACACCAAUGGCUCUCCACUACUUGGAUUAUCUGCAAAAUUUAAAAUGUCAAUUUACUCAAAUAGACAUGCUUUCAUGAGAAGACUCAUAUCAUAUAUGACACUGUUACUGCACAACUUUGAUUUUAGGACUUCCUAACAUAACAGCACAUUCCCCCCAGCAGAGGGUCUAUAUAAUAUCUGUGAAAGACAUCAUCAGGGAAAUCAAGUGAUGGUACAUUACAAAGCUGAAACUCUGUCCCAAAUCUGGUCCCAAUCGGGUUGAGUUUGAAAUAACUCAUGGUGAUUUAGCCGAAUUAAGUGUUUUUUUUGGGGGGGGACACAGAAGACUGUAGGUUAAGGCUUUACAGACCCUGUUCAGCCUCUAAUCACCCUUCAUGGUGUACCCCUCAAGUUUGGCCUCUAACAGGAAACACUGCUGUUUUGUUAGGCGGCCCUUAAAAGCCACACACUGCAUUAACUAGAUCCAGGACAAUAUACAGCAUACAACAGGAAAACACGGUGCUUAACAAGCCUGUGUG